AUGGCGGCCGAAGCGCGCGGGCGUCCGGGCAGCCCCCCGGGCGGGGUGGUGGCGGCGGCGCCGGGCGGCCCGCUGCCCAUGAACCUGUUCGCGGCCUGGGAGGUGGACGGCUCCGGCCCCAGCUGCGUCCCCAGGUGAGUCCCGCCUCGGGGCCGGCGCGGGGGUCGUGUGAACGCGGCGCCUUACGGGGAUACCCUGCGGGAAAAGCCUGGGAUUGGCAGCCUGGGGGUUGGAAGCAGUGGCGUAGCGUGGGGGGUGCAGGGGGCCCCGGCCGCACCAUCUGGGGGGGGGACGCGCUCGCACUCGCAGCUCUCUGCCCUUGCUAAAGUGAGUCUUAUAGAGCAAAAAAUACGGUAUAUAGCAAAAAAAGGGAGCGUGUCAUCCACGGGUUAGGGGGCGCAAAUUACUUGUCUUGCCCCGGGUGCUGGCAACCCACGCUACGCCACUGGUUGGAAGCCUUCCCCUCUCCCUGCCCACCCCAGCCGGAUGCCCAGCUUGCUUCCUCGCUCUUUGCAUUGCAAGGCAAACUGCUGCUGACAUCGGCAGAGGCCUCCUUCGGAAAGCAAAGAGCCCUUUUUGUCCGGCUGCAGAAGGGAGAACGAGGGAUGCUCCGGCUUCCCCCGCUGCUGCCAUUUACCGUAUUUUCCGCUCGAUAAGAUGCACCAGACCACAAGACGCACCUAGUUUUUGGAGGAGGGAAACAAGAAACAAAAUCUUCUGAAUCUCAGAAGCCAGAACAGCAAGAGGGAUCGCUGCGCAGUGAAAGCAGCAAUCCCUCUUGCUGUUCUGGCUUCUGGGAUAGCUGCGCAGCCUGCAUUCGCUCCAUAAGGCGCACACACAUUUCCACUUACUUUUUAGGUGCGGAAAAGUGAGUCUUAUAGAGCAAAAAAUACGGUAUUUAGCAAAAAAAGGGAGCAUGUCAGCAGCUGCGUUCACGGCAGUUCAGGUGACAUGUAGUCUGGCCCGCAGACCAAGAGAGAGGGCGGUGAUCAGACGCUCUCUCAUGCUUCUUCCUUUCUGGCUGCUCUCUGGUCUGUGCAUGGGGAAGAUCUCCCCGGUGCUGCAGUAGGAAACUACCCUUGAUUGCUCAUAAACUGGUAUGAAAUUCAACUGUCCCCCUGGAGGUCCCUGAAGCAGCUCAUUUCAAACUUAUCUGCUCCUCCUCGGGAAAAUGCACCUGCCCCCCCCCAUUUUUUAAAUUGGUUUUCACAACAUUAUAAACAAACAAACACGUAAGACAAACAAACAUAAAUCAUAACCUUAUUGAAAAUUACACUUAUUAACCUUGUUAAGUGACUUCCUCGCUUCCCCUUGGUUGAAUUUCGUUGCAUAUCCUUUUAGCGGUUUUCCAAAUCACAGUUCUUGUAAAAUUUAACUUAAACAUUAAGAGCCUUAGAUCUUCACAUUAUGAAAUUAAACAUAUUAAUUUGACACUUAACAUAAAUAAUGGGAAAAUGCACCUUUUGAGGAGAUGCACCAUCAGGGACAACCCGCUCUAUGGCUACCUCCAGUUGUGGGCAUCGCCGUGGGUGACCAUGGCGAGUGCUGCUUCUCUGCCUCUCGCUUCUGGAAGGACUGGCCUCCUGUCAUGGUCCUUAUUGCUCCUCUCCUUUCUCCAGAUGGUGAGUGAGGUGAGGUUCGUGUGACUAAGCCAUCAUUGUCAGCUAGCCAAAAAUAGUGGCCAUUCAUAAUGGAGGUGACCCAAGUGACACAGUGCACUUGGACAUUAAAAAAAACCACAACCUUCUGAAAAAAAUACCUUGCUGAGUCAAUAAGCUUAGCAGGCAUGGAACAAGAAGGGAUCAGUACCUCUUGUGGAUCAGGACCUGGUUAAGGAAGCAGGGAUAAAUGGAUAAUAUAAAGUGGAGUCCCACAGGGAUCAAUAGAGCAACCUGUGCUUUUUAGCUCUUUUCAUAAACAAUCUAGAGUUAGGGGUGGUCAGUGCAGUAACCCUGUUUGCUGAUGAUAUUAAAUCAUGAAAUUGAUUUUUAGUUUUGGCCCAGUUCCCCAAUCCCUAAGUUAUUUCCCCCCAAUAUCACAGGUUUUGUUUCGUUUUUAAUUUGCAGGUUGUGCAGCUUGACUUUGAAGAAACUGAUUGUAUUGAAAGAAUUGGAUAAAGAUCUCAUUUCUGUGGUAAUUGCAGUCAAAAUGCAGGUAAUGCAAACCUCGCUAGGUAUAAUAAGCUAAUGAGCUGCUGAUAUACUAUUUAUUGGGAGUUGUGUGAUUUAUUAGUGAGAAAAAACGGUUUCAUUAAUAUACCAUGCUACAAAUUGGGUACUGAGAAAUCUAUUGAUACAGAAUUGAUGCUAAUUUAUAUCAUUGCCUUUUGGGAAUUGUACAUCUUAAUUCUUGAAAAAAGUUGUUCACAUAAUUUUAACUAGGUGUUCAUGAAAGGAACACUCAGGGACGUAUUUACCCGGGAGUUCAAGAGGUACAGGGCACCUGCUGCCUAAGCUCUUAACUGUCUACCUGUUAUGAAAUAAUAAAUAAUUUUGAUCAAGCUAGAAAAACAAAAUACAUAUAUACCUAGGUAUUACCGAAAUGUAUACCUACUGUUUCACUAAAGGACUUUUGACUUUGUGUGCUCACUUACCAAAGAUGCGCUGCGCCAGCGGUAGUGUUUGUCAUUCACAACGGUAGCGCUUCUCAGACUCAACGACGGCGCUUUUCAUUCUCAACGGCGCCGUGCACGCAAAAUUAACUAAAUUUGGGGGCGCUGGGCGGAUCUUUGCACCCCGCCAGCGCAUAUGCUAAAGACGGCCCUGGUGGCGCUGUGGUCUAAACCACUGAGCCUCUUGGGCAGGCAUAGGCAAACUCGGCCCUCCAGAUGUUUUGGGACUACAACUCCCAUGAUCCCUAGUUAACAGGACCAGUGGUCAGGGAUGAUGGGAAUUGCAGUCCCAAAAGCAUCUAGAGGGCUGAGUUUGCCUAUGCCUGCUCUUGGGAUUGCGGAUCGGAAGGUCAGCGGUUCGAAUUCGCGUGACGGGGUCAGCUCCCGUUGCUCUGUCCCAGCUCCUGCCAACCUAGCAGUUCGAAAGCAUGCCAGUGCAAGUAGCCAAGUUACAGGGAACCAGGUAGAGGGCCUUCUCGGUAGUGGAACACCCUCCCACCAGAUGUCAAAGAGAACAACAACUAUCAGACUUUUAGAAGACAUCUGAAGGCAACUCUCUUUAGGGAAGCUUUUAAUGUUUGAUGCAUUACUGUAUUUUAAUAUUUUGUUGGAAGCCGCCCAGAGUGGCUGGGGAAGCCCAGCCAGAUGGGUGGGGUAUUAAUAAUAAUAAUAAUAAUAAUAAUAAUAAUAAUAAUAGAUAAAUAGGUACCACUGUUGUGGGAAGGUAAAUGGUGUUUCCGUGUGCUCUGGCCCUCGAUAGCCCAGUAAUUGCAUUAACUUGGACAUUAGUCUGUGGGAAGAGCGGGGGGCGGGGGGGUCAGUGCCUCUGCAGCUGUUGUGGGUCUCCUUCAGAAGCCCAAGCCAGUAUGGCGAAUAGUCACGGACAGUGGAAGAGGUCAUCAAACAACAGCUGGAAGCCGCCGCUGCCCUUCUCUGGUCUGUAGUGACACUUUCCACAAAUCUGUAAUUAUUGACUAACAAUAGCUGAUCUGUUUUCCUUUUUCUGUGCAGGGUUCAAAACGAAUAUUGCGGUCUCAUGAAAUUAUGCUGCAUUCUAGUGGGCACGUAGAAACAGAACUUGCUCUGAGCUUUUCCCUGCAGGUAAUGUAGGAAUCCUUAAUAUUUCCCUCCUGCCCCUUACUGUAAGCAACUUAAUUUAGGACAUAUUUUUAAAAACCGAAAUGAAAAAAUGACUCGUUGCUUCAUCUGAUUUCCCACAGCAUUGUAGAGGUGGAAGAGUCUAGAAGCUUGCCUUGGGAUACGUAGAGUGUUGUGGAACAAACAAAUGAAACACUGGCUAAAAUCCAGACAAAUAUUCGAAUAGGCAACCCUUCCAAACAGCCUACCAGUUUAAUAAUAAUAAUAAUAAUAAUAAUGGCCUUGUUGGGGCACCAAAUCUGAGAGCAGUUCUGACUGCAUCAUGUUAGGGGUCCCAUGCUUAGAGGAUGCACUAGUUAAGAAGCUAGAUAAGGAAGGGUGGGAUAUAAAUGUAAUUAAUAAAUUAGUGAACUAAUUUAUCAUCCAGUCUGACAAGGAUACAAAGUACUCUGUCUACUCUUUAGGAAAGUGGGAUCCACUUUUUUUAUAGGUGAGAACCAGCUUUCAUUUAUGGCUGCUAAUUCAUCUCCCAACCUCUUCCACCAAAUUUCUGUGCAGUAUUAUUUACCAACACUUUUAACUAUAUCCCAGUAGCUGUGGUUCGAUAUGGUACAAAACUAGCCACUAAAAGUAACAAUAUGUUGAUUUUUCAAGAGAUUCUGUAUUUUAGGCUUGUUCCUUGCCCAAUUCUUCUUUCUGUGAAGGGUCUAAUAAUAUUAAAGUCUAGUGUCAUUCAUCUCAGGGUUCUUAGAGGCCACUUGACAGCCUUUCCAGGUGCUUCCUUGAGAAGGUGAAGUUAAUAUCCUCCUGUUUAUGCAGCCUAGGACCCUCGUACUUAUGGGACCGCCUCUCCUGGUAUGUCCCACAGAGGACCCUAGGGUCCAUGAAUAAUAAUAGCUUGAAGGUCCCCUGAAUUUUAGAAUUUUAUUGAUAUUGAUGCUGCAUUUUAUGUUGUAUUUUAUGCUGUUUUAUGUUGUUUUUAAGUCACAUUUUAAUCAAUGUUUUAUGUUGUUUUUAAGUCACAUUUUAAUCAGUGUUUUAUAUUUGCCGUUAGCCGCCCUGAGCCUGGAUUUUAAACCGGGAAGGGCGGGAUAUAAAUACAUUUAUUAUUAUUAUUAUUAUUAUUAUUAUUAUUAUUAUUAUUAUUAAACCUUUACAUGUUUUAUUUGCAGUAUCCUCAUUUCUUGAAAAGAGAAGGCAACAAACUUCAGAUCAUGCUGCAGAGGAGGAAACGGUAUAAAAACAGAACAAUUCUGGGCUACAAAACUUUGGCAAUGGGAUCUGUGAACAUGGUGGAGGUAUGUGCCCCUCUGUAUAGCUCACUAACAUAAAGGGUGUUAACAUACUUUUUCUCUGGUCUUCUGUAAGGCUACAUUGCAAAAGCAUUGCUAAGGUUCAUUCAGAUGUUGUGUUUAUCUCUGACCGAUAGCGGACUUGUAGGGACUUGGGGACUUGGGCUGUAAAAGCCAACCCCAGUUUUCUGACAACAAACAUAAAGUGGGUAAGAAAUAGGGUGUCAACUUGUAAGCACGCUCUCUCUCAGACAUUGUGUUUUGUAGGUCUUGCAGCACCCAAAAGAAGGAGGCCAAGUUUUGAAUCUUUUCAGCAGCAUCAAGGAAACUGCAGUCAAAGUAGCAGAGAUCUGGAUCUUCUCACUGUCCAGCCAACCAAUAGACCAAGAAGACAGUGCUAUACACAUGAGCCAGAAAAUCAAGUCUGCAGGUAUCUCCAGAACUGUAAAAAGUGUACUUUCUGCACCUUGUGCCAAUUGAUGAUGAAAUGUUGUGGAGACAACUUUUGGGGUGCAAUGGGUAUUUGGGAAUCUGCUCUUGAAUAUCAUCCUUUUUCCAUUUAAAGAAACGCUUACAUUAUAAAGUAUUGCAGCAGUGUACAGGAAGCCAAAAAUGUGUACAAAAUAUAUGCCAGAGAAAAUGCAGUUAAUAUAAAAUUGCAACACUAGAAGAUUAUCGGCUGGAAGAGAAUAGAGAAAGUCACUUGCUCGUCCCUUAUGCUCAGAUUUUACCUGUGGGAUUCAGGUACCGUUCUGUCCCUGCUGCCCUUUCUUCUUCUUCUCCCACCCAAGAAAAAUUCAGUUGUGAAGUCAGCAUUUCACCAGAUGCUCAGGAUGCUGUUGCUGAAUGAUGCACACAGAGUCACAGAAACAGACUCUCUCUCUCUUACACACAUGUAAUUCCAUUUGUUAGAUAUGUUUCCACCUUGUGCCAUCAUCAGCAACAUAUAGCUGACAAAUGAUGGCUUACCUUCUCCAGAGUAGAAACAGAUUCAAGUUUGCGUAAAUGAGGCACCGUGUUCUUAAAACUAUUAUAUUUCCAUUACUCUAAAAACAAAUUUUGCUAGAUGUGCCCUCUGUAAAUUCCUUACCUUACCAUUUAUUUGUUUAUUUAAAGAGUUAUGAAAAAGCUUACAUUCCCCAGACUCUCUACGUUUCAACGAAAAGGUUUAUCUAAUUGUAAUUCCGAGUGACAAGGUAAAAGUCUUUGAACAGAAUUUCAAUUAAAUAAACUUAUGUAGUUGCACUCAUCCCUGAAAGUGCCCAUUGAAAUUUUGUUGUUGUUUAGUUGUGUCCGACUCUUCAUGACCCCAUGGAUCAGAGCAUGCCAGGCUCUCCUGUCUUCCACUGCCUCCCGCAGUUUGGUCAGACUCAUUUUAGUAGCUUCGAGAACACUGUCCAAUCUGUGUUGUCUCCUUCUCCUUGUGCCCUCCAUCUUUCCCAACAUCAGGGUCUUUUCCAGGGAGUCUUCUCUUCUCAUGAAGUGGCCAAAGUAUUGGAGCCUCAGCUUCAGGAUCUGUCCUUCCAGUGAGCACUCAGGGCUGAUUUCCUUCAGAAUGGAUACGUUUGAUCUUCUUGCAGUCCAUGGGACUCUCAAGAGUCUCCUCCAGCACCAUAAUUCAAAAGCAUCAAUUCUUCGGGGAUCAGCCUUCUUUAUGGUCCAGCUCUCACUUCCAUACAUCACUACUGGGAAAAUCAUAGCUUUUACUAUACGGCAAGGUGAUGUCUCUGCUUUUUAAGAUGCUGUCUAGCUUUGUCAUUGCUUUUCUCCCAAGAAGCAGGUGUUUUUUAAUUUCGUGACUGCUGUCACCAUCUGCAGUGAUCAUGGAGCCCAAGAAAGUAAAAUCUCUCACUGCCUCCAUUUCUUCCCCUUCUAUUUGCCUGGAGGUGGUGGGACCAGUGGCCAUGAUCUUAGUUUUUUUGAUGUUGAGCUUCAGACCAUAUUUUGCGCUCUCCUCUUUCACCCUCAUUAAAAGGUUCUUUCAUUCCUCCUCACUUUCUGCCAUCAAGGUUGUGUCACCUGCAUAUCUGAGGUGGUUGAUAUUUCUUCCGGCAAUCUUCAUUCUGGCUUGGGAUUCAUCCAGCCCAGCCUUUCGCAUGAUGAAUUCUGCAUAUAAGUUAAAUAAGCAGGGAGACAAUAUACAGCCUUGCCGUACUCCUUUCCCAAUUUUGAACCAGUCAGUUGUUCCAUAUCCAGUUCUAACUGUAGCUUCUUGUCCCACACAGAGAUUUCUUAGGAGACAGAUGAGGUGAUCAGGCACUCCCAUUUCUUUAAUAACUGCAAAAGAAAUAAAAUGCUUGGCCAUUAUUUAGGAGCUCAGACACCUUUAAUGCUGCUCCCCUGUUUCUUUAACAUUUGCUCACCUUCAUUGGGCUACCCCAAAUGCCCUCAGUUAUUUUUCAGGAUUGUCCUGUCAGCUCCUGCCUAACAGCUCCAAAAAAUGUCUCCUCUUUCUCCUUUACUGAUGCUUUCAGGUGUGCUUAAAAUAGCGGUAGUUGGAAAUGAUACCUUCAGCAGCCAAAGAAAAAAGGUAUCACAGCAAGAGAUUGCCUGCUAUUUUCCCUGUUCCUCAGUUACCAUAAGUCGGUCAGGAAGUGAGCCAGAAUGUCGUGUACACAUUAUGUCUUCAAAGCACACAGGAAGCACGCUUCACCCGAAGCACAUUUGAAGCGCAUGUUUUUCAGUAAGGAAUUCUGGGCACUGCUGUUUGUUACGGGUUGCUUGGAAGGGUGACUCUGUGCAAGGUAAACGACAGUGCCCAGAAUUCUUUACUGGGAAACAUGCGCUUCAAAUGCGCUUCAAAUGCGUCUAGUGUGUAUGGAUUGUUAGGAUAACUGCUGAAGUCACCAAAACACUAGAGCGGCAGCUAAAACUCACCCAGAAGUCCCCACCCAGCUCCUAUUGCUCUGAAUUGGUGAGUAAGACUUACGAUUUGGGGGAAUCAAAAUGAAGAAGUAACAGUAAGGAAAAGGGUGGAUUUUAAAUAAAAUAAUAUAAAGUAAAAAAACCCACCCCAACUUGAAUUAUAUUGGUAAUGGGCUGACAAAUGAAGGAAGGAGGAAUAGGGAUUUAUUUGUAGAGGGGUUAUUUGAAGAAUGAAUAAAAUGGCGAGGAUGAGCAAUGAAGGCAGGGUAUUAGUAGCCAGGGUUUUGUUUGGUUUUUAUUUUUUUUUAAAGCAAUAAGAAGUGAAAUAUGUGCAGUUAGCAAAAUGAAUGCAAAUAGGAUUGUAUUCUGUGAAUUGUGCGAUGCAGCACACUGGGUUCUUUGUCAACUAUAUGUAUGCCAAGGACAAAAAAGUUUAAAAAAUAUAGAAAAGAUACAAAAAGAAAAUGUCUGAUCUUCCAUCUGCUGGUUACAUAAAAAAAGAAAAAUAUAUUUAGAGCAUACAGUCCAUGCUAAUAUCCAUCUUCUCCACUUUCUGUUAAACAAUGUUUCUUUUAAGUCAAGAUGUCUCAGAAUCUUUCAUUUCCUUUCCCCACAAAAAGUCCAAGAUAGCUUCCACAAUUGCUAUUGUUAUUGCUUAAUGUCAACCAUAUUUUUUCUUUGGACUUCCUCUUUUGUAUUUGCAAUUGUAUGCCAAUCUCCUUCUCUAGGACCUUCCAUUUUCAAGAGAGGGUACCAUAACUUUAGUAGCAUCAUUCUCUGGAUUCAGUCCAAAUUGUACGCAGACUGCUUUCACUUCUAGAACUGAGCAAAGGCCAGGAUCAAAGUUUCCCCCAAAGCUUUCCCCCCUCUCAACUCUUGCGGUUCCUGACUUUGCCGUCUUCAGAUCAGCAACUGUGAAAUUGCCAUAACGGCCCUUGCAGUUUUCUUCCUGGUUUGCCUUUAAACCAAUGUGCAGUUGUUGUUUUCAGUAAGAGCAUAAUCCAAUUGCUUCUGUAUUCUUCUUCUUUCAGACAACUAUUCCGAAGAGGAAUAUGAAAGCUUCUCUUCAGAACAAGAAGCCAGUGAUGAUGCAGUUCAGGGACAGGUAUUGUCUAAGCAAAUAAGCCCUUUGUAAUUAUCUUAAAAGUCAUAAAUGCAAGGGAGUGGACUGAUUAUUUCAUUCAUUUAUUUUAUUCAAAACAUUUAGCCACUUGAUAGCCUAUUAGAGCAACUUCAAAGAGAAACUGAAGGACUUAAUAGUUUCCCACCCCACAAGAUGUUGGAUCCAAAUGGUUUUCUUAUGACUUGGGGAAACUUUUCUUGUCCCUCGUUGCUGGCAAUCCUGUGAAAUCCCUAGUCCACUCCUUCAGUUGGUCGUUCAUGCUCCUCGAUGGUUGAUUCUGAGGAAGUUGAUCCUCUGAACCACCCUCAAAGAAGCAACCUGGAACAGGGUCUCCAAUGAAGAUCUGAAGGUCUUGCUAGGUUCCUCCGGUCAAUAUCCAGAAGAUAGCGAGGUGCUGAGCUUUAAAGGGGUUUAUGUCAAAACCAGCACUUUGAAUUGGGCUCAUAGCUGCCGCUGGUGUGGUAACAGAAUUAGUGUUGUAGGAUCUGUUUGCCUUAAAUCUGUUAACAGUUGGGACAGCUUAGUGUAUGUUUGCAUACAUUUUAAUUAAUUAAAAAAACGCUUGCAAGGCAUUCCAUCUGCCUUGCUGUUGUAACACCCCAUUCCCCUCAUUUGACCUUUGUUGAUGAUGAUAACAAACGUUUCUUUUUAUUCAGGAUUUGGAUGAUGAUGAGUAUGAGUUGGGGAAGCCAAAGAAGCAGUGGAGAUCGAUAGUAAGAACAGCAUCCAUAACCAGGGUUGGUGGAAAUUAAUUUUACUAACAUUGAUGUGGAUUGGGACCAAGUGUCUGCCCAGAAUGAAAGAGUGGACUAGAUAUGGCAUGAGGUUUGGACGAAUACAAAGCCACAGUAGUUGUAUUCAUAUUUUUGUUUUGUCGUGCUUUGUUGUGAACCGCUUUGAGUGUAAUGCAUACAGAACAGAAUUAUAACAAGUAAUAAGCAGCUAAAAGUGACUCGGGUGGUUACAUGCAUGGCAGGGGAGUAAUGUAAGCAGAGGAAACCUUUGUUUUGGUGGACUGAAGUUGCCUUUUUGUUCUGACCUUCUUCCAAGGAGCCCAAGAGGGCAUAUAAAAAUUGCCCCUCUCAUUUCAUCUGCCAUUGCCUUGAAGGGGGGCUAGGUCGGAGCGAUUGACCCAAGGUCAUUUGGGGUGCUUCAUAGCCAAGUCUGAUAAUUUGAGGCACAUGUCGUGUCCUGCUUUAAUAAUAAUAAUAGUAAUAAUAAUAAUAAUAAAUUUAUUGUUUAUACCCUGCCCAUCUGGCUAGGUUCCCCCAGCCACUCUGGGCGGCUUCCAACAAAAUAUUAAAAUACAAUAGUCUAUAAAACAUUAAAAGCUUCCCUAAACAGGGCUGUCUUCAGAUGUCUUCUAAAAGUCUGGUAGUUGUUGUUCUCUUUGACAUCUGGUGGGAGGGCGUUCCACAGGGCGGGCGCCACUACCGAGAAAGCCCUCUGCCUGGUUCCCUGUAACUUGGGUUCUCGCAGUGAGGGAACUGCCAGAAGGCCCUUGGCACUGGGGUAGCAUAGCUACCCCUCUGGAAAUUUUUAUUAAACACGAGUCUGAUUCAGUCAUAUCUUCCUCCUUCUAAAGAGUAUGGAGAUAGCAAGGUGCCCUUUGCACCUUUUCUGUCUAUAGGACACAUUCAGGGGAGCAUUCAGUGUUCCAAACAAACGUUUUUGAGCUUAGGCCAGUGGGCUUGAUGAGACUUUGCUCACACUCUGACACAUCUGGAUACAGUGGUACCUCAGAUUACAUACGCUUCAGGUUACAUACGCUUCAGGUUACAGACUCCGCUAACCCAGAAAUAGUGCUUCAGGUUAAGAACUUUGCAUCAGAAUGAGAACAGAAAUUGUGUUCUGGCGGCGUGGCGGCAGCAGGAGGCCCCAUUAGCUAAAGUGGUGCUUCAGGUUAAGAACAGUUUCAGGUUAAGAACAGACCUCUGGAACGAAUUAAGUACUUAUCCCGAGGUACCACUGUACAUGCACCAGGGAGACAACAGGCUUGUGGCCUGUAUUUGAAGCACAGACCUCCAGCCUGGAAAAACAAAACAAAAAUAUGACUGUUCUCACAGGCUAGAGUUUCUUCUGCAACCACUCUACUUCUGGCACCUUAAGACUGGGUCUUGGACCUGGGGGAAAGAGAAAUCCCCCAUGAUGUAUUUGAUUAAUAUCUGUUCCUACAGCCAGUUGCUUAGGGCAGGGCCAGAUUUAGGUUUGAUGAGGCCCUCAGCUACUGAAGGUAAUGGGGCCCUUUAUAUGUCCAGCUGUCCUUUGUCAACAACAAAUUGUCACUGUUUUUUUGUGUUGAAUAUAUGCUAAUUUAUGGACCUAAUAGGUAUCUAAAGCCAUUCACACAUACCAAAAGGAGCCUAAGCCAACACAAAAUACUGUUGCUGUAUGUAGGUUUUAUUUUAUUUGUUUUUUAUCUUAUAUUUUGAAAAUGUACAUCCAGUUUUUUUCCUUUAAUUUUUUUUGGGGUCCCCAAGAGAAUGGGACCCUAAGCUAUAGCUUGUUUAGCUUAUACGUAAAACUGGCACUGGCUUAGGGAGCUGUUGUGUUGCAUUUGCUGUAUGGGUUCAAGUUAGGAUCGCCUUCUUUUAUGCCUUUGACACAAAUGGUAUUUUCACAAGCAUAUAAAAGCCAUUCCCCUGUUUCACUUGGCGGGGUUUGAAGUCCUGCCUCUUGCUUCCCAACUACAUUCUAUCUAUACCAAGAGCCACAAGUGUUUCUGUACUCUGUAUAUGCCUGUGGCUGCCCUUCUUGCAUGGCCCUUCCCCCAGGAGGCUUGACAAGAGUAUUUCUCACCCAGGUACGUCUUAAAUCUUUGUCCCUGGUGGGAUUUGUGUUCUUUAUACAAGGCCCCUGGCAAGGGAGCUGUGUGGCUGAUCCAUUGUGUUGAAUCCUCUUUCUCCUCCCAUACACAUUGCUAGCAGGCUAGCAUUUAUAUUUUUGUGCACUCCAAUUGUUUUGGAAUUUAUUUAUUAAUUAUUUGGGGUAAACACUCAGACAUGUAGAGGAAUAACUUAGUGCCAUGUCCCCAUGCAAAAAUACAACCUAUAUUCUUCAGACAUCAUCUAUGUGCCAUGGAUUGCAGAUUUUGUUGCAGAGUCAGUUUGUGGAAAACUGUGUUCUGAUUAAAAAAGUCUCCGUUUUCUGUAAUUACUUGUUUUUAAUCUUGUGUUAAGAGUAAAAGAAAAAAUAUGUUAAAGAUUUGUGUUAAUGGAGCGGGCUUUGGAUGAAAUGCAGAGCUAACUGUUCCUAACAAACUAAUACAACAUUAGACCUCUGUUAGACAUUUCUAGUGGCAAAGAGUUCUAGGGUUGAAUAUACGUGAUUGGAGAUCAGGAGUGAGAAGAGCUCAUUGGCUUCUCGGCAAAAAAGUGAAAAAAAAAGUUACUUAUCAGGAAUUAUUUAAUCCUACUCCACUAAAACUGCAAAGUGAAUGGUGGGAUCCAAGCACAAACAAAUAGCAAAACAAGGGAGAUUGUGCUAGACCUCUGUGGGCUUGUCCUCAGGCCUCCAGGGCAAUGAGUGGCCAGCUAUGUCAUUGCACUAGAGGAAUAUGAGACAUCUCUGCCAACACAGAGACAUCAGUUUGCACGCUCUUUCCAGUAUGGAUCUGGAACUGGCUGUCCUAGCUGAACCGGAAAUUCUGGCCCAAUUCCUAGUUGGGAUGGAAUUUAAACAGUCCCUCAGAUGAAUGAGCAACAGCCGUGGCCUGCCUUUUGUAAGCUAUUUGCACUUAUUGACUGAGAAUAAAUGGUGCAUGGUUUGUCGUGGCGCUGUGCUUCGACACACAGAGAUGGUGUGCUUUAGUGUUGUAUUGAUUGCAGUCAUUUACCUUUACAGCAGCAAAACUUCAAGCAAAAAGUAGUGGCCCUGUUGAGACGAUUUAAAGUAUCUGACGAGGUAAGCUGUCUGUGGUUGCUGUCUCCAGCAACUUCCUUAAAUUCUGCAUGGGUUUUGCAUUAUCCAUCAGGCUAAGGGCACUUUCGUCAGAAACGCAGAACCUCUUUCCACAGCAGGGGCUGGAAACUUUUAUCAUCUCAAGGGCUGAAUUUCUUCUUGGGCGACCUCCUGGGGACCGUGAUGGGCAGGGAUGGAGGCAAAAGCAAAUGCCGCAACAGAUGUGACUCUUGUUUUUGCACAAUAGGCUGCAUUCAGCUGGGCAUUUCUGCGCACACCCCCAUGCAUUCAUCCUUCAUUCCAGCCAAGGAAUGGAACUUGAGGAAGCUGUGCCGUGUGACCUGGGCAAAGUUCCAAGUGCCAGAUAAAGAGGCUUUAGUCUCUGGGGCUGAGGUUCUGCACUCCCGAGGUUUUACACCAAGGCUUAAAAUGGCGGCAAUGUACCCCCUAGUUUACCUGUCUGAUUUUAAUGAUCUGACAAAUAUUGUCUUUUGCGUGUGAAGCUUUGUUAGCCUUCUACAUGAGCGUUAAUGUCAUUGCCGAAACUGAAUGGUCUGAGUAACCUUCUGUACUUGGGUCUCUUCUAAACUGAAAUAGGAUAACAGGGGAAACUUAAGAGCACAAAAACAUUAUUUUUGUAUAAUGUGAGUGAUCAGUGUUUUUGAAACAUUCAGCCACUUACAAAUUAUUUUUAAUAAAUAAAAUAUAAUGGCCGAGGUGCCAUUUACCAACUUACUGUUUCAUGUGAAAGCACCUUAAUUAUUUUAUGAACUUUAGCGGUCUCCCUGUCCUGCUUUCUUUGUAGGGGUGAACUUGACUUCCAUUGAAAUCAAUGAAACAUCAUGAUAGAUCUGUCCCAUUGAUUUCAGUGGGACCUGAGUCCAGGUAACGUCGCCUGGCUCUCGCCCUCUGUUUCUGUAAAAUGUCCUAAGUUAUUUUGCCUGUAUCUCGCACAACAAAAUAUGGGCCCUGGUAACUUCUGAAAGUAACUUCUGCCCAGGCUUCUGCCUCUCAUAAAAAACAACCCUGUUAUUUGUAACACUUGCUUAAGGCAGAACUUGUUUUCUUGCCCAACAGAUAUGCCCGAUGUACUUACCAAGACAACAAAGUAAUUUGUGCAAUUACCUGAGGGCGGGGAUCAUAUAAAACAAAGAAUAAACCUUUGGAGCAAAAAUUCUUUUGAAAACAAUUAUGCCAUUUCCUGCAAAAUAAGUUUGGGCAUUGUACAGAUAUUAAAAAGGACAACAAUCAAUAUAUUAUCAUUGUAAACUUGGAAAAUGAAUUAUAAAACCCGUUCCUGCAUAUAGUUACACAGUUUGUUCUUGGAAAACAUUAUCUCCCUGGUACUUCGCAAGCUGUAUCAAGAUUUCACAAGCUACCUCCUGAUCACAUCUUGGUGGCAACACUGGUUUGUUUCAUUUAGCUUCUUAGACUCACAAAAAAAUGUCUCUAUACCCACUUACCACUCAAACAGAAUUUAUUUUCACAGUGCAAAGGCUGCAGCCAUCACCCCAAAUGUGAACUUUGAAAUAGGCUGUCUGGAAUUGCCAAUACAUCAGAGGGUAUCCAGUUUUAUUAGGAAAGGUGCCAUUUGUAAUCAUCUGAAAGGUUUUUCCACGGUCACCACCAAAUGGACACCAAGUGGGGAUCUCAUUAUGUUCCCACUUCAAUUAAGGCACAAAAAAUGUCACCACUUCUGGAGGCUUCUGUGUUGCCUCUUAAGUGACAUUUUGCCUCCUGCUGAAAGGUAAAACAAUCAUGCAACGUGACACAAAGAACAAACAAAAGGCAAGACACAGAUACCAAAACUCACAGUAAAACAUAGCCAGCAUGGUGUUGGGGGGCUUGGUGUCUUAGUGUCUCCUCUCGCAUGAAUACCGAUGGAAUCUUCUCCAGUGGACAAUGGGAGACCAUCAAGGCCUGGGCAAGAGCUGGCUCACUGACAGGAAAGAAUGAUUUGCUGGACAACAUGCCUUCACUGUUGUGAAAACUCCCCAUAUGAGGGGUCUAAAUCUCACAGGGAGCCUAUACCACUUUUAAAUCGUUAUACACAGUGCUUUGUUCCUAGAAAAAAGGUGCCGAUAUUCUGGGCAGUUGCCCUGGCUGAAAAACUUCCUCCAGGCCAGGAAAAACAAUUACAUGUAAGACAAUUACAUGUUUUAUUGGAACUUCAUUAAGAUCUUGGCAUACAGUUAUUCCAUGAUGCAUGAAUAUUAAAUGACUUGCUGCAAUGCCAUACCUUUUUCUGUGCUCUCAGUACCUUACUGCCUGGCUUUGGGAAGAAAGCAUUGGGCUCCAGGAUCCUGUCAGAGCCUCGUGCCUACUUCCCCAAGCCUGGGAAGUGUUUGACCGGCUUAGGGAAGGAGGUGCGAAGCUCUACCGGGGUCUGGGAGCCCUCCCGCCUCCAUCUCCUCCCCCCCCAAAAGGGGCUUGCCAAUCAGAAGGUUGGCGGUUCGAAUCCCCACGACAGGGUGAGCUCCCGUUGCUCGGUCCCUGCUCCUGCCAGCCUAGCAGUUUGAAAGCACGUCAAAGUGCAAGUAGAUAAAUAGGUACCGCUCCAGCGGGAAGGUAAACGGCGUUUCCGUGCGCUGCUCUGGUUCACCAGAAGCGGCUUAGUCAUGCUGGCCACAUGACCUGGAAGCUGUACGCCGGCUCCCUCGGCCAAUAAAGCGAGAUGAGUGCCGCAACUCCAGAGUCGUCCGCGACUGGACCCAACGGUCAGGGGUCCCUUUACCUUUACUAUGUAUGCUUUUAAAUAAAUAAAUGAGUGGAGAAGGCUCCCUGCUGCAGAAGAUCAGCACCAACAUGAGAAAAGCAGUUGAGCUGAGCAACGAGAAUGCAACAGAGAGGCAGAACUUGGUCUCUCCAUACAGUUCUAAUUUUGAGUAUAUGGACUUGUGCAGAGGGCCUAGAUAUAAAUACUUGAGUGCAGUUAAUGACCGAGAUGCUCUUUGCAUUUCAAGGGAAGCCUCCAUUUAUGCUGCUGAUAACACACUUUUAUGCUGCUUGUGCUUUUCUGUCUAGGUUUUGGAUUCUGAGCAGGAUCCAGCUGACCAUGUCCCAGAAGUAGAAGAAGACCUAGACCUUCUCUAUGAUACACUCGAUAUAGAAAACCCUAGUGACAGCGGCCCUGACAUGGAAGAUGAUGACAGUGUCCUCAGUACUCCUAAGCCAAAGCUAAAGUAAGAAGAGAUUUUGAUGGCAGCUUUGCAGAUUCUCGAACCGACGGUCUGUUAGGAUGAGAGAUGCUGGGGCAGCUCUGGGGAAAUAAUAAUAAUAAUAAUAAUAAUAAUAAUAAUAAUAAUUUAUUUAUACCCCACCCAUCUGGCUGAGUUUCCCUAGCCACUCUGGGCGGCUCCCAAUCAAGUAUUAAAAACAAUACAGCGUUAAAUAUUAAAAACUUCCCUGAACAGGGCUGCCUUCAGAUGUCUUUUAAAGCUAGGAUAGCUGCUUAUUUCCUUCACAUCUGCUGGGAGGGCGUUCCACAAGGCGGGCGCCACUACCGAGAAGGCCCUCUGCCUGGUUCCCUGUAACCUUACUUCUUGCAAUGAGGGAACCGCCAGAAGGCGCUUGGUGCUGGAUCUCAGUGUCUGGGCUGAACGAUGGGGGUGGAUACGCUCCUUCAGGUAUACAGGACCGAGGCCGUUUAGGGCUUUAAAGGUCAGCACCAACACUUUGAAUUGUGCUCGGAAACGUACUGGGAGCCAAUGCAGAUCUCUCAGGACCGGUGUUAUGUGGUCCCGGCAGCCACUCCCAGUCACCAGUCUAGCUGCCGCAUUCUGGAUUAAUUGCAGUUUCCGGGUCACCUUCAAAGGUAGCCCCACGUAGAGCGCAUUGCAGUAGUCCAAGCGAAAGGGGGGUGGACUGUGUUUCGGUACCCGCCUGCUUGGUCAAACGGCUACUUGGGCAGCAGUUUUGCACAUGAGGGAGGGAGAGAUCUUGGGAAGGAUUGACAGCAGCCUCUCACAUUUUGGCACACGGUUUCUAGAGGUUUCUAUAGCAUUGGCCAUGUUUUGGCGCUCCUAGCAAAAAACAACAACAUUACGAUGUCCUUUGUUUUCUUACUAUAGACCUUACUUUGAAGGAAUGUCACAUUCAAGCUCUCAAGCAGAAAUUGGAAGCCUCCACAGCGUCAGAAACCAGAGAGAGCCACCCAGUCCUGUAAGUGCAUAAAAUAAGUGCUUAAAAAUAAUUGAAUGCAACUGAUAAUCACAAAUGCAUUGCCAUUUCUUAGUAAAGGGGUUGUGAGUCAAGUAUGGUAGUUUUAUACAGUGGAUGCUCAGGUUGCGAAUGUGAUCCGUGGGGGAGGCACAUUCGCAACCCGCAGAGCCGUGUCUGUGCACGCGUGUGUCGCAAUUCUGUGCAUUCACAAAGCGCAAUAUAGUGGUUUUGCGCAUGCGCGAGUGCCGAAACCUGGAACUUCUGGGUUCGGCGCGGUGCGCAACCUGAAAACACGCAACCUGAAGCAUCUGUAACCCGAGGUAUGACUGUAAAUCUAUGGAUUUGCCUUAACCAGAGGUACUUGCUUUUUGAAGGGGGUUUCACCCAAGGGGAAUUGUGAAUGGUAGUUCUAUCUGGAGAAGAUAAUUCUCUGCUGCUUCUCACUCAUCUUUGACAGACCAUGCUAUAGAACUGCAUUGUUCAACAGAAAAUGCAGCAUUUUAUGGGGAAAAUGUGGAUUAUUCCAUUUCAGUCAUAUUCUCCAGCAAGAACUUGCUCCUGGAUAGUGUUUGUUUGCAGUGUUGCUGUAAUGCUACCUCAGGAUUAGCCAGUCUCAGGACCAGUGUGGUGUGUGCUCCUUGUUUUACUGACUCUUGUACAAAACAGGUUGACGUGCCUGAAGAGGACAAGAAUAUUGGAAGCAGACAACCAGCAGACAGCGUCUCUGACGCCGUGUCUUAUGUAAGUGCAAUUGCCUUUUUAUGAUUCAGGCAGGGAUCGCUAGAGUGAAAUACAGAAAUAUUUAACAGCCAUAUAGAACUUUAGGGUCAUUUGGCAAAACGGAUAACAACUUCUGUUCUAAUCUUUCUGUUUUUAGGGGAUUCAUUUUGAAUUGGUGCCUUUUUUAAAAAAAAAUAUAUCUCUGCCCAAGUAUACUGCAUUUUCUCCUUUCUUGGAAUCUCUGUUUUUGGAAACCUUACAUCCUUUAUAGGCCACAAUUUGAAUAUUUAAAAAAGAACAACCACUAUCAGCCUACAGCCCAGGUACACAUUCCAUUCAGGUGUUUGGGAGAUAGUCAGCUGGGAACUGGGGUGGGGUCUCUAUUUUACGUAGGAAAGGUUUGUUGGAGAUAGAAGCGUUUUGAUGGAGAUGUUUUUGAUGGACCUUUGAGAGGCGAUUGCACUGUUGAGCUAUGGGUAGAAGGUUGUUUUUACUGUUUUUAACUUGAGUGUUUUAAAUUCAGGGUUGGUAUUGUUUUACUUGAAAAAUGCACCUGGGAUGAGAGUUGCUGAGGAGGGGGGGCAAUUGAUGUAGUUCAGGGCAGGGGGGAGGCAAGGUUUAGAAAUUGGGGGAAGCCAGGUUAUAUGUAGGGCUGCCUCUGAAGAUGGUUCAGAAACAUCGGCUGGUGCAGAAUUCAGCGGCAAGACAGUUUGAGAAUAUUACACUAAUCCUGACCCAAACUGCACUGGCUGCUGAUUGGUUUCUGUGCCCAAUUCAAAGUGCUGGUUUUGACCUAUAAAGUCUUGAGUGGCUCAGGGCCGCAAUACCUCAAGGACCUCCUCUCUCCUUAUAAACCAACCCAGACUCUGAUCAUCAUCUGAGGCCUUUCUUCAUGUGCCUCCUCCAUGAGAGGUCCAGAAGGUGGCAACACAAGGACAGGCCUUUUCUGUGGUGGCUCCCCCUCUGCCCUCUCUGGGGAGGCUUGCCUGCCACCUUCAUUGUACAUCUUUAGGCGCCAGAUGUAAACGUUCCUCAUCUACCAGGCCUUUGGCUGAUUAACAUCCUACGGCCUUUUAAAUGUGUUUGUGGGAGUGGGGGGUUAUUAUUUUGUUUUUUGACUAUUUAUUUUUGCUUUUCUCCUGUAUUUUUAUCUUGUGAAUUGCCCUGGGAUCUUUGGAUUAAGGGCGGUACAUAAAUUUUACUUCUACUAUGACUACUGCUACUACUACUACUAGUAGAUGGGAAUGGAGUGGGGUUGGUUUAUGGGGUUAGAAAGAGGAAAUAAAAUGUGCCGUUGAGAAUGCUUUGACCCACUGAGAGUGGAGGUAUGUAUGAGUUUGUGGGUGGGUUGAUUUGGGUUGAGGCAGGAAGAGGUGGAAAGUAGUGAGAAUGUGAAGUAGAGAUCUGGCUGAGUAAUGUUUGGUACCUUUGGGUUCUGCUGGGUAUAGCAUCAGCUGCAGAGAGUUUGUUAUCCAGUGCCCAGCUUGUCAAAUACCGUGUGCCUUUGCAACAUUGGAGACCUGGGAUAGAAUGAGGUCUCUGUUGGCAUAUGGACUACAGCAGAAACACGGGCCAAAGUAGCUGUUUUACAGUUCACGUUGAAGCCAGGCCAACUUGGGGCUUCAUAGAAUCUAUGAUACUAUUUGGGAUAGAUCCAUAGCUAAUGGAUUGCUUGAUGUUUUGCACUGGUCUGUCUAUGGUCAUGGACUGACCAUUAUUUAUUGGCACUUUUUUAUUAUUAUACAUGCUGGCAGAGCACAAAGUCUUUCACAGAACAUCCACUCCAGUGUAAUUUGUUGUUUGCAGGAAAAUAAACAACAAGAAGACGUAGAAACUGAACUGUCUCCCCUGGAUAGCUUCAUGGAAAAGGCUCCACUAAGUGGCAGGAUGACAAAGACAGAAUCUCUCAUAAUUCCUUCCAGCAGGUAACCUGUCUGUAAACUGCAACAUCAGCUCCGAAACUUACCUUGUUUGUAAAUAUGCAACUUGAGACAGAUGAGCUUUUAGCUUGUGGCAUCUGAAUAUCAGCAUGGCUUUCAGUCCCCGUGUUUUGUUCCAGAUGUCAUGCACCUUGGUGACCAUUCUGCUUUCUUACCCAAUUUUUUAAAAAUAUGACUCAAAGUAAGCUUGCAAAAUAAUAUUUAAUAGCAUCACCAGUACAGUGAUUCACUAAAGAGACAAAAGUAUACCUAAACAAUGAAAUGGGCAUGGCAGAAAUAUACUGACAGCUGAGCAUCCGCAAACUGAGAUGUGGCACUUUCCUUUUUUCCCCGGUAUUGAGAUUUGUGGAGCUAUCAGUGAUUUAUACCUCAGCUGAAACUCUUUUAUUUGUUCCAGUUCCUUCCGCAAGUAAUACAGGGUGUUCCAAACCAGCGGAGCAAAUUGUGGGGUUGCCAACAGUGAGGAGGAGGAGGAGGGGAAGGAGGAGAGGAAGAAAAAGUCCUGUUGUGCAAGCAGGAGGACACCAUAGGAUGUCACCGCUUAUUUUUUUCUAAAAUUUGACCCCACCAAACUGCUGCAUUCCUAAUUCUGAUGCACCUUGACUGAUAGAUUGACUCAUCCAGGUAGACAUAGAUUUCCUAAUGAGGUAGCCACUCCUGAGAAGACCCUCUACUUUGAGGGCACCUCUCACAAGGCACUCUGUUCAAGGUCUUUUCAUAUGCUCUGAAGGCAUGUUAGCCACUGCCUUUUUCCAUUAGAGGUUCAUUUUGUUAUAAAGAGAGAUGAUGAAGAAGAAGCGUUUGGAUUUGAUGUCCCGCUUUAUCACUACCCAAAGGAGACUCAAAGCGGCUAACAAUCUCCUUUCCCUUCCUUCCCCACAACAAACACUCUGUGAGGUGAGGGAGGCUGAGAGACUUCAAAGAAGUGUGACUAGCCCAAGAUCACCCAGCAGGUGCAUGUGGAGGAGUGGAGACACGAACCCGGUUCACCAGAUUAUGAGUCUACCGCUCUUAACCACUACACCACACUGGCUGUGGUGUUUCCUUUUGCUAGUGGUGCCCCAGUUAUGGAGUGCCCCCCUCCCAAGGUGUCAGGCAAAGACUUUUUUAUUCACUUUGAAUUCCCUAAUUCGAAACAGUUUUACUUCCUAAAACAUUUUUACUUAAGUAUUUGAACUGUAACUUUAAAAGAGACUUUGGCUGAUUAAUGUUUUUAGUUUUGUCCUUAUCUUAUGAUAAUAGAAUUACGGAAUUGUAGAGUUGGAAGGGACCCCAGGGGAACAUCUAGUCCAACCCCCUGCAAUGUAGGAAUCUCAACUAAAGUAUCCAUGACAGAUGGCCAUCCAACCUCUGCUUAGAAACCUCCAAGGAAGGAGAGUCCACAACCUCGCAAGGGAGUCCGUUCCAUGGUCAAACAGCUCUUACUGUCAGAAAGUUCUUCCUGAUGUUUAGUCAGAAUCUCCUUUCUUAUAACUUGAAGCCAUGGGUUCAAGUCCAACCUUCCGGAGCAGGAGAACACGUGCUUGCUCCAUUUUCCAUGUGACAGCCCUUUAGAUAUUUGAAAAUGGCUAUCAUACCUCCUCUCUGUCUCCUCUUUACCAGGCUAAAUAUGCCCAGUUCCCUAAAUUGUAACUCAUUUAGAUUUAUAUCAAUAUUUGUGUGAUUGUGUUUAAUUUGGAAUUUUUUUUUUUAUAUGCGGUUGUUGAUUUGUUAGCCGCUUUGUGCUUCAUUCAAUUACAGUGGUACCUCGGGUUAAGAACUUAAUUCGUUCCAGAGGUCCGUUCUUAACCUAAAAUGGUUCUUAACCUGAAGCAUGCUUUCACUAAUGGGGCCUCCCGCUGCCGCUGUGCCGCUGGCGCGCAAUUUCCGUUCUUAUCCUGGGGCAAAGUUCUUAACCUGGAGCAACCACUUCCUGGUUAGCAGAGAUUGUAACCCGAAACGUCUGUAACCUGAAGCGUCUGUAACCCGAGGUACCACUGUAUUAGGCAGGAUAGAGUUUUAAAAGAUAAAUUUUAAAAAAAUUGCACUUCAGUCUGCUGUGGUAGGUUAAAAAACCAACAACCAACAUUGAUAUUUCCUGCUGGCCCAGGAAAGUUGUAAUACAGUGAGCUGCAUCUAUGCCGUUUUGCUUUUCUUGAUAAAGGUCCCCAUGUUUCUCCUUUAGCAGAUCGGAAGCGAAGCACAUGGGACGCAGAGGCAGAAGCACAUCUCUGAAGGAAAGGCAGCCGGCGAAGCAGCAGAAUGAGAGAGCCAACAGCCUGGACAACGAACGCUCUCCAGGCACCAGGCAUCGCUUGCAGGUGAAAUGGGCUGUUCAGUGCCAAGGGGGCAUCCUCCUCCACAUGUAUGGUACUUCUGGGGGCAUGCUGCAAAACCAUCUCAAAGCUUUGUCAUAGUUUUGGAAGAGAUCUCAAGUUUUGGGGUUUGGAGUUAGUAACAGCUCUCAGCAUGUGCACCAGAAUGUGCAAUAAAAUUCUCUAUUUUUUAGGAAUGUUUUUAUCAUCUAUAUAUAUGCUCAACACACAACAAAAGAGACAAAAUAAACCAGAGUGAAAGUACCACCAGUCUCACCUUACAGAAAGAAAUAAUAAAUAUUAUAGAAUCAUUAAACUGUUUUUAGCUGGGGCAAUCAGAAUAAGAUCCACUAUUUGACUACCGAUUCAAAACCCUAAAAUGUAUUUUAUAUAAUUAACUUUUUGUUUUUGUUCUUUUGUAUAUCGUACUGUUGUUUUAUUGAUAUGGACGAUGGCUGAUGCAAAUAAAGAUUCAUCCAUUCCUUCCUUCCUUCAUUCAAAAGAGGCUAUAUGAGAUCUAAAUGGAACCCUAGCCAGUAACUCAGCUGCUGCAUUUUGGACCAGCUGAAGUUUCCAAGUCAUCUUCAAUAAUCCCUUGAUCCUCAGCAAGCCAGGAAUUGGCAACUCUAUGGACAAGUGGCAAAACAGUGUGCCUAGAUGUUCAAAUCAAGCCAGUUAUUUUGGGUGUGCUUCAUAUUUGACAUCACUUCAUAGAUGUCCUAGCUUAAUGGGCUGAAGAAAAACACAUAAGAUUGUGGGAGUGAUUUAGACUGAACAUUUAUUUAAAUAGCUGGGUAAUAGAGCUUCUUCCAAUAAAUGAGGACUCUUAAGGGCUGCUUUCAUUUAUUUACAGAUCCCUAGGAAAACUGUGUACGACCAGUUGAAUCACAUCUUGAUCUCAGAUGAUCAGCUGCCAGAAAAUAUCAUUCUGAUUAAUACCUCCGACUGGCAAGGACAGGUAAGGAGAUUUGGAGUGAUAAGUACACAGUCAUUUUAGCUUAAACCACAAAGGGCCAACUGCAGACAGACCCCUAAAUCAGGCAUAGGCAAACUCCGGCCUUCCAGAUGUUUUGGAACUACAAUUCCCAUCAUCCCUAGCUAGCAGGACCCAGUGGUCAGGGAUGAUGGGAAUUGUAGUCUCAAAACAUCUGGAUGGCCGGAGUUUGCCUAUGCCUGCCCUAAAUGUUCCAGUCCCCAGAUCAUUUGGUUGCAUCCUAGAGGGCUUUGCAAUACUGGCAAUUUUACUUUCAGUCCCUUGCGAAAUAGAAUUUCCCCGUUUCAUGCUGCCAAAUUUGUCCCUUCUGGUUAGUCACCGAAGUUCUUGUUGCAAUUUUUUUUUUUAAAUGAUAUUUAUUGAAAAUUUUCUAAAAAUUACAAGAAAAAGACAAAACAGAAAAAUAAAAAUAAAAAAAACCAUCAUUCUCCAAAUCUCCACUUUCAUUACCUUCUUUCUUUGACCUCCUCCUCCUCCCUUUUCUUGUAUCCUAAUUAAUAAUUUUCGCAGCAAAUCCUUUCCAUAAUUCAUAGUAUUCUGUCAUUACAUUACCUUAAUCUAUUUUCAUCUUAUCGUAUAGAGAACCUUAAAGUUUAAAACUUAAAUCUUAUUUUUACCAACUUCUCAUAACCAUAACAUUCUUACCUAAUUCUUUAAACAUUUUAACAAGAGCCAAGUAAUUUUAUUUCAACAUUUUUCUAACAUUCAUCAAUUUUAUAAAACAAUCCUAAUGGUAAAGAAAGAAAUAGGAACAAUCCAAUCUUCAUCCAGCGUCCCUUCCUCCUGGUCCCGGGUUUUGUCAGUCCUUGUUAUCCCAUUGAUCUAGCACAUUAACCUGGUGAUCUUAUAUCCGAGGCCCUCAAGUCUCUCCCAUGUCCCUUCCGCAGCUCUUCUUCAUAUUUUCCUUUCACUCGUGGGAACUCCAGCUUGGUAAUGUUUUUGACCCUUUUCAACAGAUCAGCCCCUUUUCCAUAGUCCAGACUAAACUCCAUGUGGUAUUUGAAGACAUGUUUCAGAAUCCCUCCAAAAUUGAGAGCCCCCACAGCUCCACACAUCUUGCGGCCCAUUGCCAGACUCGGAAAGUCCAAACGGAAAGUCCAAACAUCCCUGCAUAGGGGGGUCUAUCCAACCCCCCAUUUCCAAAUCAGUCCAAACUUUAUCUUUCCUAAUCUGGCUUUUUCCAAGUUCAUUUGUCAAAUCCAAAGGCUCGUAUUCCUGCAGGGCCGAAAAUUCCUCCCUUUCUGGCGCCCAAGAUUCAGCAACACUUGUUGCAAUUUUUUGGUUCCGUGUGCAUCAGUACAUUUACAGGGCAAUCCUAACCAUUCCUACUCAGAAGCAAGCCCUUCCGAAUUCAGUAGAUAUUACUCUCAGGUAAGUGGGGUUAGGAUUGCAGCUGCACAUUCGUUGAACUUAAUUUACCGCCCAUGUGUUGCCCAUUCAUGGCGCUUCUAUUGCCGUACUUCUAAGGCAGGCUCCUUGGAUGUUCGCUAUCCUGAGUAGUCCGGUGGCUUUGCCAACUUGGCUGCUUUACUGCUCGCUAGAUAAUUAAUGCACAAAUUAAAUAGUACCAGUCACAAAUUUGGUCCGCCCAAGCUGGGUUUGGUUCAUUACGUAAAAAGUACUUUACAUUUUUUUUUGUCACAAAAUUUGCAUCCUCUUUUGGACAGCAUUCAACCCACGGAGGGUCCCGAACCUGGAAUCGCAGGGAAAUCUGAUUGCAGUAGGUGUGAAACUUAUCUAGCUCUCACCAAAUGAAGAAACUUCAGGAACAUACCACAAAGGAAGACUCUCAACCAGGGGUCAGCAACUGUUUUCAGCCGUGGGCCGGUCCACCGUCCCUCAGACCAUGUGGGGGGCCGGACUAUAUUUUUUUUUGGGGGGGAAACGAACAAAUUCCUAUGCCCCACAAAUAACCCAGAGAUGCAUUUUAAAUAAAAGGACACAUUCUACUUGUUAUGUACUGAAGUUCUCACCCUGGGCCAGCAGGGGGAUACUGUAGAUAGUUUUCACUCAGGUCCACAUAUGCAAAUAAGGGAUUGAAAGUGACGUUCAGUGAUUGGAUAGUUACAGAAAAUGGUUACUGUUGCAUUCUAGUGGAGCUCUAUAUAAGCAGGCUGGCUGAACCCUUCAGUUCAUUCUGUUCUGGCCUGUGAAUAAGCAAGAGCUGUUUGAAGAAUCGCUGUGUCGUCUGAUAUGUUCACCCACAACUUAACACUACUCAUGUAAAAACCACGCUGAUUCCCAGACCAUCCGCGGGCCAGAUUGAGAAGGCGAUUGCACCCGGCCCACGGGCCUUAGGUUGCCUACCCCUGCUCUCAACAAUAACAGCGCAGAGAUAGUCACUGAUAUUCUUUAAUCGUUAAUAAGUAUAAAAACAUUAAGGUCAGAUUUGCUCGCUCACCCGAGCUAUAAUGCACUUAGCUUCUUGGUUCUCUGUGCUAUGUUGCCUCCCCCACAGCUGGAUGCAAUUUUGAAAUACAGAGAUGUGCUUUGAAAUAUAGUUAGGGAACGUUCUUGUCCUCACAACGUAUUUUGCUGCGCUUAACAGAUACCCCCACUCAAUGGCAUCCAGUGUUUCUUCUUUCGAAGAGUUCCUUAGAGCUAGGACCCAAAGCAGUGGAUUCAAAUUACAAGAAACAUUGGGGGGGAGGAAUUCCUGACAGUAAGAGCUGUUUGACAGUGGAACUCUCCUUCCUUGGAGGCUUUUAGGCAGAGGUUGGAUGGCCACCUAUUAGGGAUUAUUUAGUUGUGGUGUAGUGGUUAAGAGCGGUGGACUCGUAAUCUGGUGAACCGGGUUCGCGUCUCCGCUCCUCCACAUGCAGCUGCUGGGUGACCUUGGGCUAGUCACACUUCUCUGAAGUCUCUCAGCUUCACUCACUUCACAGAGUGUUUGUUGUGGGGGAGGAAGGGAAAGGAGAAUGUUAGCCGCUUUGAGAUUCCUUCGGGUAGUGAUAAAGCGGGGUAUCAAAUCCAAACUCUUCCUCUUCUAAAUGACCCCCAGGGUCCUUUCCAACUCUACAGUUCUUGGAUUCCAGGAGACCUUAACGAACCCCAACAAUUUUCUCAAGCUAGUUUGCUUGAAGGAUUGUUGGCCACUGCGGCCGUGUUUGAAUCAAUUUAUGUUAAUACAAUAGCGUGUAAAUUUAUAAAAGGACAGUACAGAAAUAACUAAAAUAAAUCAACAAUGCAUUAAAAAUAUAUAUAGAAGGUCCUUUUUUUUUACAGACUUGUAUAUCAUUCUCAGUUUCUUUCAGAUAUCUUGCAAAAGCAUGGCCUUCCAAUCGUCUGCACGUGCUCUUCUGCAGAUAUUCAGGCAGCUUUCAGCACCAUUGUCUCUAGAAUACAGAGAUAGUAAGUUCUUUUUCUUUUAAAUGAUAUUUAUAUACAUGCUCCCUCCCUCCAGAUAUACACACACCCUAAGUUUUGCCAGUAAAAAAUAAGGCCACAACUCUCGUCCCUAAGGAGAAUUUGAGUUGACUUUCCCUGAUGACGUCUAGCAAGAGAGAUGUUUUUCUAAAACCACUUCAUUAUUUUACCAAUAUGUAUAAAUUACCAAGCGAAAGAAUUUUACAAUGCGUCUGUCUGAACCAUAAGAAACUGACUUUUCUAUAAAGGCAGAUGGGUGAAGCCAACCGCAGAUGUUCAGGGAGGGAAGGCAAGGCUCAGAAGAGAUUCUGCAGUUGACACUAUCACCAAGGCAGCUCUCUGUAAACGUCCAUAAAAAUGGCAAAAGUAGUUUCUUUCCCAGAUAGGUUUCGUCUUAAACAACUGCAGACACAACAAAUAAAGAGCUCACUUGUAAUAUACCAGUGGUUCACUGCUCAUUUCUUCUCUUUCCAAAAUGGAUUUUAUCUUGAACAAUUGCAAACGUAAUACAGAGUCCACUUGUGAUAUUGCAGUCGUCAUUGUAUCACCACCCUGUUCAGCGGAGACGCUGGCAGAUACCCAUGUCAUAGAGGAAUGCUCACUGAGGAAGCUGGGCACUCAACAUAAUGAAUGACCCAGCCUCCCUACAAACUGAAAGACAGAUGAAACACAUUUCCAUAAAUUUGCUAGCUAUAAGCACCAGGCUGUGUGGUACCCCACUGCUUUUACUGCUUGAAUCCAAAAUUACUUCUGUCAGUAUCCAUUUUCUUUGUUGCCCUCUGCAGGAAUGCAUCCCCCUCCCUUUAAUUGUUUGUAUUUCCAUAUAAAGAGUCUGAAACGUGGUUUAAAACAUGCAGUUGUAAGCUAAUGUCCUCCCCAGUAGCUUCCUUAUCUCCUGGUGAGAUACCAUUAUGUAUUGAGUAGAAGCCUGCUUGUAGCAUCUGUAUAAAGACAACUCUUGAUAGAUGGCUGUUUUCUGGGACGAGCGUAAGUGGCGAGCUCAGCUUCUGCAGCACAUAACCCCCAACAGCCCCAAUACAUCCUUUGCUGUCGCAGCAAACUGUGGCCGUGGCAAGGCACUUUCGUGGCCAUCCCACCCAGAAUGACUUGCUCUGAGGAAGGCCCCUUUAGCUUCGUCCUAACCACAGAGCCUAGGACUUGCCGAUCAGAAGGUCGGCGGUUCAAAUCCCCGCAACGGGGUGAGCUUCCGUUGCUCGGUCCUUGCUCCUGCCAACCUAGCAGUUCGAAAGCAUGUCCAAGUGCAAGUAGAUAAAUAGGUACCGCUCCGGCGGGAAAGUAAACGGUGUUUCCGUGCGCUGCUCUGGUUUGCCAGAAGCGGCUUAGUCAUGCUGGCCACAUGACUCGGAAGCUGUACGCCGGCUCCCUCAGCCAAUAACGCGAGAUGAGCGCCGCAACCCCAGAGUCGGCCACGACUGGACCUUAUGGUCAGGGGCCCCUUUACCUUUACCUAGAGCAAAGGAGGGAGGAGAUGGGGGCACAGGGUUCAUUGGCAGGGUUGCAUUGCCGCCCUUCCAGCAACAAAGAAGCAGAAAACUCAAAGUUUCCAUUUCUACACUGCCACCACUGCCAUGAAGAGGAAAGGUGGCAGAGGCAGGAGGAGAUUAAGGGUGGGUGUGGCUUAGUGUCAUGGCUUUGGGAAAGUGGUGCAUUCCAAAAGCAAGGAAGGAUUGGACUCUGAUUAACAAAAUACACACGAGGCUUGACCAGCAAGACUCUGGGAGGCAGUGCGAAUAAUAAUCCUCUGUCCACCCCUUGGCCCAGGUCGUUUUAUUCACAAAAGAACUUUUUACACAGUGUUCAUAAGAACCAAUCAGAUGUCCUCUGAGCAUUUAAAAAAACCCCACGUGGGAGAAAGUCAGAUCAGAAGAAAUCCUCUUAACUACAAAGAAACUAUUUCCUACUUGAGCAUGCAUACAUAGUUCAGAGUAAAUAAAAUAGGAAUCAAGGAGGAAUGUUUUUAGCAAACUCCAGAGGUCAUAAACAGCAGUAAACAGGAGAGGAAGGACAGGUAGUAUUUACCGUCUCCUUGUGAACUCUCUUCCUGGCCCUUAGAUUAACAAAACUAAAGAAAGGUACAUCAGAGAAGCUAACUACUACCUUUAUGGCCCAGGAUGCCUGGUGAAGCAACCGGCAACUGGUCUGUGUUUAGAAUGCUUAUACGUGCCUGUCAGGCAUAGAGAAAGCAAAUGGCAGAGGUGCAGAGGCUUGUGGGAUUUGAUCAGAAAUUAUUGUCAAUGAAUCAAACCCAGUCACUGCAAUGCUUUCAUUGCUGACACAAUGGCUUGCUCCAUAUUUAAUAAUUCCUCAUAGUAAUCCCACCUGACCCCGCCCCCCCAGGAAAGCUGUUUCUCCCCCGGUUGCAGCAAGAGCAGAGAAAAGAAGGUAGAGUCCUUUUUAAUGAGUUUAUUCAUUCAGAAUAGUGAGCGACAAAAGAACGCGGUAAGCCUGGACAAGCUCCAACUGGGCUCCUCCUCCCUCCUCCCUAGCAACAGCAUCUCCCCUUACGGAGGCCAUUCGUGGCCAAAUGUCUCUGAUUCUUUCGUUCCUGCACUCUUAACAAACGCCGGGUUCUGGGAGAAGGGGGGGGUCAGAAAUACUCUCCAGUGACAACGUGUCAGCUGGCUGCCCUGCCCUGCCUCUGUCUCCCUGCCCCCUUCUUCUAACACCUCCCAACUCUUCGGUUCAUCUAUCUCUGAGCUGCGACUUUCCUCAAACCCCUCAACCCCCUGCUGUAAAACAAAGCUGCAUUCCUCUUCUCCUGCAGUGUCGGGACAAGGAGGGUGUGUGUAUGUGUUUGUGUGUGCCCCAUUCCUCCUCCGUCUCGCCCUCUUGAGUCCAUUCCCUGACACUCAGGCAGUGUGACCGCUUGUUAGAUUUCUGUUAUGACACUGUGCAGUUUUUGGAGUCACAAGACUCUGUUUACAUUCCAGACUGUUGGAAGUCUCACAGGAGACAGGAGACGGAUGUUGAUGUUACUGGUUUCCUGUUUCUUUGUUCCAGUUGUUCACUGACUCUCACAGAGAGCAGAUGCACAUUCUUUUCUGUCCUGCGUAGUUAGAAAUAAACGUAGCGAUGUAGCAUAUAUUUCUCACCCUUCUGCUGUUUGGAUACUCUGCGUAAUGGGGAAGCAUGCCUGAAGCCUCAUUAAAGGCUUAGGUCGUUAAUCACUGUCGGAGGAGAGCCUCGAUGGAUUCCGAAGUACGUCAUGGAGGAGAGCCAUUUGAGCUCGGUCGCAACGGAAGCUCCGACACCGCUUAGGCCACCCUUGGCUGUAACUCGGUUGAUGCUCUGUAUGCAAAAGGUCUCCGGUUCAAUUUGAAACUCCAGAGAGCCACCGCUGAGCUGGAAGGAUCGGUUUUGUAACCUGGUUUAAGGGAGCUUCCUAAUACUGGCAAGUACAUAGGAAGCCACCUUAGGAGAAGUCAGCCCAUUGGUCCAUCCUGGCAGUAGCUCUCCAGGGUUUCAAUCCAAUAAUAUUUCCGGCCCUACCUGGAGGUGCCAGGGGUAGAAUGUGGAACCUUCUGCAUGAAAAGCAAAUGUUCUGCCCUGUAGCUAGUGUACUGAUGGUGCCAAAGGUGACUUGCAUACAAAAUUGAGAUUGUUGUGGACUGUUUGUCUGAUUAAUUGUAACUUUCUUACAGUUGGAACAAAAACAUAGCAAAAAGAAGGAAGCAAACCAAAAAAACAGCAGACAUGCCACCGUCCCUAUUUUUUUAAACAAACCUCCUGUCCUUUGACUAAAGAAAAUGGGAGUCACGUGAAUGAUUCUCUUCUGGUUCAUAAGCUGCAUUCCCCGGCUGAUGUAACUCACUGUCUAAGAGACCAAAGCACAAAUUUGGAAGCCCCUUGUUUAAAUCUGCGCUAUGGUAGGAAGUCGCCGAGUGCCUACUUGUUUUCAGUCUUGACCUUCUGUCAUGAGUAUGUACUUACAGUUAGGUUAAUAAUGUACGUGGUACAAAAUACCCAUCAAUCUCUGGAUUUUAUUUAAAAGCAGUAAUGUUCCCUCUCUCUUCAGCUGCAACUGCAAUUCUCAGCCUCCCAAUCCAAUUAAAAUUGCAAUUGCGGGAGCCCAGAAUUACCUCAGUGCUGUGCUGAGGCUCUUUGUAGAACAACUGUCUCACAAAACCCCAGACUGGCUCAGCUACAUGAGAUUUCUUAUCAUACCAGUAGGUAAGCAAGCUUUUCUGUCCUUUCUUCUUCCUUUGAAUUAACCUCUUUCUCACUACAUCACAACACAGGAACUGUUUGUCUGUUCAAGUUGUGUUGUCUGCUCUGGUUAUAAUGCUCUUGUACAAGGUUGCUGGAUAUUAAAUAUAGCAAUGGCAGCCUCUAGAAUACCAGCACUUUCCUAUCACUCCCUUUCCAAACUUUGUGGCAGAAUGAGAAGGAUAGCUAGCAGUCAGAGCUUCAGCUGGAGUGGAAGUUAUUUAUAGUUCCUUCCAGUGUGCAUUGCAAAUUGGAACUGAAUCUAACCAAGACAGAAGUGCUAUAAGUGGACUGUUCCAGUGUGCAGGAGUUGGCAGAAUGACCUGUUCUUAAUGGGGCCACACACCCCUUGAAGGGGCAGGUCCAUAGUCGGGGAUGCUCCUGGAACCAUGGUUGUUCCUUGAGGGCCAGCUGGCCUCAGUGGUUAGGAGUGCCUGUGCUGAUGUGCCAACCGCUGCCAUUUUUGCAUAGGGAUAGCCUGGGCACGGUUACUUGGGCUGUGGUAACAUCUAAGCUGGACUACUGUAAUUCACUUUACAUGGGUCUGCCCUUGAAGACAUCUGGAAAUUGCAGCUAGUGCAGAAUGUUACAGGAGGAAUCUCAAUAGGGGCAACAGGCCGCAAGCAUAAAAUGCUGUAGUAAUCUGACGUCUCCCAACACCACGGAAGAUUUUUAUUAUGUAACAAAGUUGUAUAUAAUAAGGAGAGUUCUGCUUUAUUUCCUACCUUUGUUUCUACCGCCUUGUUUGUGACUACUUUCCAUUUUAAAAACACUAAGAACGUCUCACAACCCAGAAGAGGAAGAAGAAACUGAAUUUCAGCGGCUUUUCACAAUUUUGAGCACAUCUUCACCCUGAAGGCAAUAAGUUGGGAUUUCCUUUCUUCUGACCACUAAAGGGGUAUAGACGUAAUAUACUCUGGACUGCUAAUGUGCACCUGCCAUACAGAACAGAUUUAUUUAUUUAUUGUGUUAUUUACAGGUUGUCAUCCGGUGGCAAAGUAUUUGGGUUCCGUUGAUUGUCAGUAUAACUACUUCUUCCAAGAUUUGUCCUGGAAGGAUUUAUUUAACAGACUCGAAGCACAAAAUGCUGGUAAGGCUGUCUUAAUACUUAUUUGCAUCAGGUUGCCUGAGCUGAUAACUUUGAAAAAGAAUAAUUGUUUCCCUGAGGCUGCUGGAGGGCAUUGCCGCUAAUAUCUGCUGUGUCCCAUUAGUGGAAAUGCCCUCCGGUGCAUCUGGAAAAGAGGGAAAUUUCCUUGCCACAAAUUUCUAUCUCCAGAGGGUGCCAGAGGGCAUUUCUUCCCUUCGUGUUCUGGGGGUGCUGCUGUUCUGUCUCUGCCAGUUGAUGGUGGGUGGUCCUCCAUGGUUCUGCAGUUUUUUUGUUUCAGUUGCAGCAUUUGUAGGGGAGCUGCCUUCUGCUGCCAAGAGGGUCUGGGCAGUGAAGAAGCACCAUUGCCUACUGAGCCUGCUGGCUUCACUAGGAGGCAACAUCUCAUUAGUGGCCAUGCCCUAAGGCAUCCUCUGAAAACAGAAUUUCACAGUAAGGCAAUUUCUGUGUUUGCUUUCUGAAUCUUCUACCUUCUCAGUUUCCAGUGUCCGUUCGUAACAGCACUGGAGGCAUCAAAUAUAUGCUGAUUCCUUCCCAUAAUUCCACAGCUUUCCACGAAUUUGGUUUGAUUCUCCUUGAGAUGCAGAAUAUUGUAUUCAGCUGUUGAAUUUUCCUUUUCGAGUCUAAUAGUAUCUCAAGUCCUCCCACCUGGAGCUGGGAGAAGGUAGCCGUGGUUGGUAUCUUCCAUUCUACCCUGUUGAAUUCGGGUAACAGAUGCCAUGUCACGGCACUCUUAAGCUGGUACGGAGAAAAUAAGGCCGUUGGAGGUGACAUGGCCAUAUUAUUUUAAAAAGUAAAUGUGAAAAAGAGCUUUAUUUGAGAAAAAAUGCUCUAUGGAUGUGUUGUAUACAAAGAUCAGAACAGUCAUCACCAUGAUGCCCUCCUUAUGACUCUGUCUGGUUGUUGGAAACAGAAAAGUUGGGAGUAGGUAGAUUCAGCAAGCAGUUCUUGCUACUCUGGGCCCCUUCAGGAGGAAGGGUGGGUUAUAAAUUGGGUGGAUGGAUGGACUUGCAGUUCCUUCCAAAUGCGUGGCCAAUGGUCCUUGUCCUUCUUUUUCUCUCUCUCUGUUUCAGUCCAGGAAUCACCUGAUAUUGUCUCCAGAAUAACUCAGUACCUAGUGGGAGCAAACUGUGCCCACCAGUUGCCCAUUGCAGAAGCCAUGUUGACAUACAAGCAGAAAAGGUACAUUGUUAUGAAAAACAACAGGGAAGUUUUUAAUAUGUGACAUUUUAGUGUAUUUUUCAUCUUUGUUGGAAGCCGCCCAGAGUGGCUGGGGAAACCCAGCCAGAUGGGCGGAGUACAAAUAAUAAAUUAUUAUUAUUAUUAUUAUUAUUAUUAUUAUUAUUAUUAUUAUUAAAAGCAACUUCUCCUUGGUAGCCAGGAAAUCUGGGCAGCUGGACGACAUUUUCCAAGUUAGAUAAGCCAGUCAAUAGCACUUUCGAUAAUAAUCAAUUCAAAGCAAAGUACUGUUUGCGGAAAUAUUUGUACUUUGAAUGCAGCCCAAGUGAUGUUACAGAAAGGUAGCUAGGUCCUUGUACAGUGGUACCUCGGGUUACAGACGCUUCAGGUUACAGACUCCGCUAACCCAGAAACAGUACCUCGGGUUAAGAACUUUGCUUCAGGAAGAGAACAGAAAUCAUGCGGCAGAAGCGGGAGGCCCCAUUAGCUAAAGUGGUACCUCAGGUUAAGAACAGUUUCAGGUUAAGAAUGGACCUCUGGAACGAAUUAAGUUCUUAACCUGAGGUACCAAUGUACUGGCUUGGUAGUGUGGGAAUCUCAGCAACGCCAUUUUGUCCUGUGCCAUCUGUAUAACAUGAAGAGCUUUUCAGCUGCGCAACGCAUGUGAUUCCAGGCCUCUCAUGUUACUUUAACAACAUCAGAAGGUGCAGCGCUGCUGGAUGUAACUAUAUUACACAGCCUCACAAAUUAGAGAAGCUUCACUUCCUUGGAAAUUGAUAGCAUGCCUCCCCCACCCCAAACAAAGAGUAAAGCUUAAGAAAGAGUAAAGCAUAAGAAAAGAAAAGAAAAAAAGAAUCGCAAAAGCCUGGUGUAGAAAAUCAAAGGCAACAAGCAUUUUAUUGAAGGGUUAGACUGGAUGACCCUAGGGGUCCCUUAAAAUCUACACAAUUCUACAAUUCCAUAAGCACAUCAGACAAUGCAAAUCCAUUCAGGCUUGUCUAACGUUUGAAAAGGUGAAUUGAGUUAUCAUUGCUACCUAUAACUUCUGGCGGUUCCCUCACUACGAGAAGUGAGGUUACAGGGCCUUCUCGGUAGUGGCGCCCGCCCUGUGGAAUGCCCUCCCAUCAGAUGUCAAGGAAAUAAGCAGCUAUCCAAUUUUUAAAAGACGUCUGAAGGCAGCCCUGUUUAGGGAAGUUUUUAGUGUUUAAUGCUGUAUUGUGUUUUUAAUAUUCGAUUGGGAGCAGAGUGGCUGGGGAAACUCAGCCAGAUGGGCGGGGUAUAAAUAAUAAAUUAUUAUUAUUAUUAUUUAUGAUCUAAAAACGGUUUAGUAGUUAACGCAAUUGGGAAAGGUGCUUGCCUACCAAAGGUCUGACCGCAGUCUCUCUCUUUCCAAAAGCUGGCCAUUCCUGCUAGUCCUUAUUAAGGUGGGAGAUGCAUAUCACUCAGCAGAACAGGACUUGCAGCAGUGCUGAGCUUUCCCACACUACCAUGAUAAUGUGAGAUGGGACCACAUGAGAGGAGCCGACACUGCAGCUCCUCUCCACGCACUGCCCCCCCCCCCCGAGAGAACUGGGUUCAUGUCAGAAUGGGGAGGACCAGCAACAUGGCAGCUUCUUCUCCAGCGUGGCCCAAGGUGGCUGUCAGAGGCUUAAUGCUGUCCAGCUGGCAUAGAUAAGACUCUGGGCUCCCAGCCAGUUCCAAACUAUUUGAUUUAUUUGACAAAGUUCAAACGUACAUCUCCAGCGUUUCAAUUAGCGUCCUUCCCCUUGUUGCGCAGUUGCCGCCUCUAAACUUUCUUCCUUUUCCGCACCCAGCAUGCAAGUCUGCGAAAACUCCUCCCCUGACUUCCUCUGUGUACAGAAUGACUUAUUCCAGGCUCAUCCUCCUCCCCCUCUACAUCAGACCCACUGUCAGACGACAAGCUGCUGAUAAUCUCUUUAGGCUCUCUAUAACUGCUGGUUUCUGUCCUUUCAUCUUUUCCCGUUUGCCUCUCCCUGACAGCGGCUGCCAUAGCAGUGGAAAGUUAAGGAGGAUUGGCUCUGUUGUGGCUUCCAACCCUCUGGGAUCCAGUGUUAACAUUUUAUUUGUCUCCAUAAGUAUAAUAAUUUAUUUAUUUUUCUUUUGAUUGCUUCUGAAAAGGAAAAAGAACUUUCAUUUUGAAUUUAAUAUAAGGUACUUGUCUGUCUGGAUCACUCUCUUGUUAUCCUAUACAUAUUUUUUCCUUUCCUGGUCUUUCACCACCUUCAUGGUAUUUAUAAGGCUGGAAUGUUCAAUUUGUAUAAUAUAUAUAUACGCGCAGUUUGCUGCUUUUGACAUUAUUUGAAGAGGCAGAAUACAUUGUCCAAAAGAAUCAAGAGUAAAAGGCAUUUACUCAAGAAUGACUUCCACAAAUACAGAACAGAUGGGGUAAAGUUUGUAUAGGUCAUUCCGUAAGUUAGUGCUCACGCACUUCAAUGCUGGCUGGUUGGUUAUUUAGCUCAGCAAGUUCUGAAAUAGCCCAUACAACUUUUUUCCAAUUCACAUACCCCCUCCCUCUCUGCAUAUGCUAUAGCGAUUGUGGUAAGGAGGCUGGUUUGGCUAGGACCAUUAUGCAUGCUGCUUAGCUUGCCCUCUUUGUUCUACAUGAGGUGUUUGGAAGACACUCUAAGUUGCAGUUCUCUGGAAAGCCGCGGCCAUGGGAACUCCAAAAUCAUCAGCCCCUUGUCUCAUUGGUGGACAUUAGCCUAAAUGCUAGGGAUGAAGAGGUUGACACCUGCUUAUUUUUUGCUUUAGGAGUUGCUAUGCUAUUAUCCUGUAGUAAUAAUGGUUUUGUUUCAUCUUCACUUUAGCAAUAUUAAAUUGAUUUGGAAGAGAGAUAGAAUUUCCCCAAAUAUCCUUCACAAUGGACUUUAUCCAUCCCUUUUUGGUAUACAUUCAGAACUCCAGAAACAAGAAUGGAGCCUGGGAAAUCUUUCUAUUGGAAAAUUCCAGCUUGUAUUGGCUUGAAUGGGUUUUUUGGAAAUCCAUAUUAUUAGGCAACGAAAGCAAAUGUGGAAAUGAAAAAAAGCAAGGUCUUGAAAAAGGUGGGGACACAGACACUGUAGACAAAUCUGGAGCUAUCAUGGGCCACUUAUUCAUAUUAAACGGUCCAUAAAUGGACCAUUAUUCUGUUCCAGUUCAGUUAAAUGAUCCGAGUGACUCCAUGAUAGUAUGUGUGCUCACAUUGCUGCAUCAUAGUAUUUACAUAUAGAGGGAAAAGACCACCCUCCAUUUUAUUGUAUUUAUUAAUGUCCUAGCAGAUACGCUAGGCUUUUUCUUGCCCCAAUAAAGUCUAUCAAUGGUUUUGGACAUGCCAUAAUCACUUAGGUCCAUUUUGAGUAGAAUAUUUUUUUAAAAGGAAUAAUAUUUUUGGAAGUGUCGUGAUCGUAUCUGUUGCCAUCUUUCCCAUCCAUGCUUUCCGUAGAAAUGUAGCUUCCACGAGUGUGGAUACGACUGUGUUUGUGUCUCACACUCAGAGCAUAACAGUCCCAAAGAAGCCACUCUGUUAAUAAUAGUACGUGAAGGAAAGUCAGUGCAAUUUUAUUGGUUCAGGAUUAUGUAAGCACUUGGUACAAAAAUGAUAGCCAUUUCAAAGAAUGUUAGGGUGUAUUAGGAAUGAUUUUACAGGGCCUUGCUUUCUGCCCCAAGCAACUGCUGUAUCUGAGCUGAGCUCUCUCAUGAGCACUUUAAUUUCUCUUUAGACCUUCCCUUUUCCUUUGGGGCUUUCCAAGUUUCUUAUGUGGCCAAAGGCAAGCAUCUUCAAAUCUACAUGGGCCUUGAACAGAUCUAGUGCAAGAGCCGAAAAUUCUACAAGACGGCAGUUAGCUGGGAGUAGGCCAGCGAGACUCAGUAGAACUUCCUUCCAGAACUUCCUUCUGAGUAAUUCUGCAUAGGAUUACUCCGCCAGUGUAUUUGGGAUCUUCAAAUUCUUUUAUUGCGUUCUUUCAGUCAGCCCUAAUGAUCUGAGGAAUUGAAAAAGAGAAACAUUUUUAGAGUUCUUUAGUACAUCAGUAUUUGUAAACUCUUUCCCAAGGAGUUUCCCAACAAUCUCUGUGAUGCUGACUGACCCUAGCUGUCAACUUUUCCUUUUUUUAAAGGGAAAUUCCCUUAUUCCGAAUAGGAUUCCUCGCAAGAAAAGGGAAAAGUUGACAGCUAUGUGACUGACUCAAGUCCCUGCCUCCUUUCCUUCCUUCUCCAUUCUUGGUCAUGGCGAAAACGAACCAAAACACUGUUGCAUGAAUGCGCAUGUGUUGUGCAGAAGCUUCCUUCUGUCUGUUUGGGAGUACUGUAUAUGGUGAUGAGUUCAGGUGCUUGGAAGAGGAAGAGUCCCUGGAAAAUCUAAUGUGGCAUUUUAAUCCUUUUGAGGUAAUUCCGCUUGAAAGCCAACCAACCUACUUCCUUGGGUUCGGUCCAUUUCAGCACCUGAUAAAUUGGACUCUUAAGGCCCUAAGAUGAAUUUUUUAGUUUUCCAGACUGUCAUCCCUAUGUAGGGACUUACAUUCUCUGAACUAUGCUUGGGUUUGAAAGCAAAGGCACUAGUGGGGGUAUAGGAGACUCUAAGUAAAAAUGAAGAAAGAGUGCAAUUCAACCAUUUGAGCAGGAUUUGAGUACAAGCGUCCAGCAACUGGCGUUCAAAAGCACACUGUCUCCAAAUGUUCAAAACUUACAUUUCACACGUCACUUCCUUCCUUUCUGUCAUAAUAUGUAGUUGAUCCCAAGGCUUUCUCACUGGCUUGGUUUGACAAUAUACCCCCUGCUUCUCAAAAACACUUCAUUUGGAGCAAACGAACCACCUUUGGUUGCAGUGAAAGAAGCCAUUUUGAGCAUGUUGUUGGUUUGCCCCUGACUGGAGCAAACUCUGGCAGUUCUUUCACAACCUGGCAGUAAAAGCUAUCCAUUAUAUAAAAAGAGGGAUGAAUGGGAGUAUAAGCUUUAGAUAAAUAUGCCGUGCGCUUGCUGCGAUUUUAAAAAGUUGCCUUAAGUGGAGAUACAUGAUCUGGACACAUGGACUGGAUGGGAAUUUUGUGUUAUUAGGUUACCUGAAGGAUUGCCUCUCCUCAUAUAAACCUUCCCAGACUCUUGUGUUCAUUCUCUGAGGCCCUUCUUUGUGUGCCUCCUCCACAUGAUGUCUGGAGGGUGGUGUUGUAAACAAAAAUUGCCCUUUUCCCUUAUGGGGUAUCCAAGAGCCCAUAUAGAGUCCUUACAUAGGUUCCCUAUUGGUAGGAGAGAAUAACAGAGGCCAACCAGAGAAUAUUGAGAAGCAAAGCAGCUAGUAAGCUUGAUCUUUAUUGAUCUGUUGCAACAGGGUGCUCCCCUCGCCCGCAGGUGAAGAGGAACCCAGAAAAAUGGCGCGCAAGGCCUUAUAAAGACUUUUGAAAUUGCCACCCUGUAGAUCAAGACAACCCCCAGAAACAUCAUACAUACCGUAUUUUUCGCUCUAUAGGACGCACUUUUUUCCCUUCAAAAAUGAAGGGAAAAUGUGUGUGCGUCCUAUGGAGCGAAGACGCCAUAGCCCCGCGACCUCUCCCGGCUGGAGAGGUGACGGGCGGCUAUUGAGGCUCUUGCCAUAGCCGCCCGUCACCUCUCCAGCCGGGAGAGCGCGCGCGGGGCGAAAGCAGCCCCCCGUGACCCUCUCCCGGCUGGAGAGGUGACGCGCCAUAGCCGCCCGUCACCUCUCCAGCCGGGAGAGCGCGCGGCGAAGCAGCCCCCGUGACCCUCUCCCGGCUGGAGAGGUGACGGGCGGCUAUUGAGGCUCUUGCCAUAGCCGCCCGUCACCUCUCCAGCCGGGAGAGCGCGCGCGGCGAAAGCAGCCCCGUGACCCUCUCCCGGCUGGAGAGGUGACGCGCUAUAGCCGCCCGUCACCUCUCCAGCCGGGAGAGCGCGCGGGGCUAAGCAGCCCCCGUGACCCUCUCCCGGCUGGAGAGGUGACGCGCCAUAGCCGCCCGUCACCUCUCCAGCCGGGAGAGCGCGCGGGUGAAAGCAGCCCCCGUGACCUCUCCCGGCUGGAGAGGUGACGGGCGGCUGUGAGGCUCUUGCCAUAGCCGCCCGUCACCUCUCCAGCCGGGAGAGCGCGCGCGGGCGAAAGCAGCCCCCGUGACCCUCUCCCGGCUGGAGGGUGACGGGCGGCUGCUGAGGCUCUUGCCAUAGCCGCCCGUCACCUCUCCAGCCGGGAGAGCGCGCGCGGGCGAAAGCAGCCCCGUGACCCUCUCCCGGCUGGAGAGGUGACGCGCCAUAGCCGCCCGUCACCUCUCCAGCCGGGAGAGCGCGCGCGGCGAAGCAGCCCCCGUGACCCUCUCCCGGCUGGAGAGGUGACGCGCCAUAGCCGCCCGUCACCUCUCCAGCCGGGAGCGCGCGCGGGCGAAAGCAGCCCUCGUGACCCUCUCCCGGCUGGAGAGGUGACGGGCGGCUGUGAGGCUCUUGCCAUAGCCGCGCGUCACCUCUCCAGCCGGGAGAGCGCGCGCGGGGCUAAAGCAGCCCCCCAUGACCCUCUCCCGGCUGGAGAGGUGACGCGCCAUAGCCGCCCGUCACCUCUCCAGCCGGGAGAGCGCGCGCGGGGCUAAAGCAGCCCCCCGCGACCCUCUCCCGGCUGGAGAGGUGACGGGCGGCUGCUGAGGCCCUUGCCAUAGCCGCCCGUCACCUCUCCAGCCGGGAGAGCGCGCCAGCGACCUCUCCCGGCUGGAGAGGUGACGGGGCUAUGGCAGGAGCCUCUAUAGCCGCGUGUCACCUCUUCAGCCGGGAGAGGCGCGCAGGGCUAAAGAAACCAUAGCCCCGCGACCCUCUCCCGGCUGGUGAGGUGACGCACGGCUAUGGCAGGAGCCUCUCCGCUGCGCCUUUCCGCUGCUCCCUGAACUGCUCUUUGGGGCUGGUGGUGGGCUUCCCCGCCAGCCCCAAAGAGCAGGUCGAAGGAACCUGAAGCCUGGAGAGUGAGAGGGGUCAGUGCACACCGACCCUCUCGCUCUCCAGGCUUCAAGGUAGCCGCCUGAACGCACCUUAAACGGCACCUUGUUUUAGAGCGGGAAAACAAGAGGGGAAAGUUCUCCCCUCUCUGCACAGCGCCUCCUGCCACUUCGCUGAAGGGCGCUGGGCAGAGAGGGGAGAUUUUUUUCUUGUUCUCCCCCCUCUAAAACAAAGUGCGUCCUAUUGUCCGGUGCGUCCUAUGGUGCGAAAAAUACGGUACAUCACAGAAGGGGUGUAACCUAAGACCACCCCUCAGAUACAUCAUACCUACAUCACAGAAAUUUAAAUGUUGUUUUUCUCUUGUCCUUGUUUAUCUCCUGGCUGGCAGGUUACUUGAUUGGAUUUCUUGGGUAGCCUGGCCAUUCUUUUGUAGUGAUAAAUACUUAGUUCCUGGGCCAGGUCACAGGCUCACACCCUAUUCAUAUCUUAAAUGUGCCCUUAAGACAGGAUUUGUGAGGAAAGAGACAAUGGGGAGGUUUCCCACUUUGACCUUGCAGAGAAAACAUUUGCUCAGUUUAGGAAUCAAAAUGGUUCCAGGUUGGUCUUCCUGUGCUGUUCUAUGUACGUGCGGUUAUGAACAUUACCAUAUAUCUAAGAUCUCAAAAUUACUAUCACAGUGGCAACACGAGAAAGGGCCUUUUCUGCAGUGGCUCUCCGCUUGUGGAAUGAAUGCUUUCCCCAGGGAGGCUCACUGGGCGCCUUCAUUAUUUAUAUUUUAGGUGCCUGGGGAAAAUGUUCCUCUUCAGCCAGGCCUUGGGCUGAUUAAUAUUCUACAGCCUUUAAAAUGUGUCUGUGGGAAGGGGUGGGGUGGGGUUCUUUCUUCUGUUGUUUUUCUUUCAAAACUUGUGUUUUUAUAUUGUAUUUUACUCUGUAAACUGCCCUGAGAUCUUGUGAUAAAGGGCAGUAUAUGAAUAUAAUAAAUAAAAUACAAUAAAAUAAGUAAAUGGUACCUAGUUUUACAUCGCGAAAUGCAUAAUAUUUGCUUGUAAUGGGCAAUUCAACAUAAUAUACAUAUACUGUUAGUCACCUCUUUUAUAUAUUAUUUGAAUAAAUUUUCUCUAUGUUAAAUCAUGUUGCUCUAACUACGCAAGUGUCAAAGUAAGGACAAGUGUGCUGCUUUUAUGAGUGUAGGGUGUGUCUGCGCAUGCUUGUGUGCACAUGUCCGUGUGCCGGCUAAAUUUCAUUCUGCAUGGGUUUGCAGCAGAAGAAUUAUUCUGGGCAUAUAGAGAAGUCUAUGCUUGCAUGUUUUUUGCAACCACUGCAUGCUUGAUAAUAACAAUAAGAAAAUUUGCAGCUUCUGGCUUUUGAAAUGAUCAUGAUUCUCUGAUCUUUUUAGCCCAGAUGAAGAAUCUGCUCAGAAGUUCAUCCCUUUUGUUGGAGUGAGUAGCGUUUUUUUCCAUUAAGAACUCUGACAAAUUUUCAUCCCCAAAUAUUUUCAUGGUGAAAAGUGUGCUUUCAGAGAUUACAACAAACACCCCCAAAUCCCCGUCUUUCAUUUUUCCACAUUUUUUUAUGCCUGUUUACAGCUGGUGGCGCGGGUGGCGCUGUGGGUUAAACCACAGAGCCUAGGACUUGCCGAUCAGAAGGUCGGCGGUUUGAAUCCCCAUGACGGGGUGAGCUCCCGUUGCUCGGUCCCUGCUCCUGCCAACCCAGCAGUUCAAAAGCACAUCAAAGUGCAAGUAGAUAAAUAGGUACAGCUCUGGCGGGAAGGUAAACGGCCUUUCCGUGCGCUGCUCUGGUUUGCCAGAAGUGGCUUAGUCAUGCUGGCCACAUGACCCAGAAGCUGUACGCCGGCUCCCUCGGCCAAUAAAGCGAGAUGAGCUCCGCAACCCCAGCGUCGGCCACGACUGGACCUAAUGGUCAGGGCACCCUUUACCUUUUACAGCUGUUACGUCCACAAUCUGUGGCAGCAGCACAAUUUUUAACAAAUCUGAAGAUGACCUUUUCCUUCUCAAUCAUAGAUCAUGUUAGUUGAUAUCCUGAUGUUGUGGAGCUACAUAGUCAGUCAUAUUUGGCUAUGUUAUGCAACCAAAGCUAUAUUGCCCUCACUGUGAAACUCUGACCCAGUUCUACAUGCACAUGCACACAUUGAAUCUUGCGUCCCAUUAAGAGCAAUUGCAAUAUUUCCUUGGAUACUUCAUGACUGAUGCUUCCCAUUUACUGAACUGCGCUUUGGCCUCAGCGCAGGUAGCCAAAUUUAUUUAUUUUACUUUUUUAUUUAUUGAAUUCAUAUACUGUCCUUCACCUGAAGAUCGCUGUGUAGUUUGCAGCAUUGAAAUUCAAAAUGAAAACACAAAAUAUAGAAUAAAACAAAAACAAACCGGUAAUACCCCACCUCCCACAAAACGGUUAACGUUAGCCUGAUUAGCAAGUCAGUGGGGACACAUUUCCCACCCCCAAAGCACUUCUCUUUUGAGCUCCCCUCAACAACAAAGUCAGCUGCUUUUCAAUGGGGACAGGAAACUGAUUAAACUGUCAUUGCAGAGCUAAUAAUUCUAUGUAAAAUGUUUUUCUUCCUCCAGGUGGUAAAAGUUGGAAUAGUUGAACAGUCCUCUGCAACUUCAGGUAAUAAAAACUUUCAACGAUGUUGUAAUUUCUCACUAAAGCAUGGCAUGGAUGUUGGAAGCCGGUAGUCUGACUAUAGUCCAAGCGAUCUGAAAUAUACUCGGAGUCGAGAGUGGAUUUCAUGCUCUUUAUUCAGCUCAUAGUGGUGAGGAGGAAUGGAAGUUCCCCCACAAUAUCUGCUUUAUAUACAUUAUUUACACAAUGGGCUGCACGUGAUUGGCUAAUUCCGGGAUUCUCCUGUAGGCCAAUCAAGUUGUGGAUUCACUUCCACCUGGAGCUGGAUUGGGUGGCUCCUGCGGACCAAUCAUACUGCUGCAUUGUUCUAGGACCAAUCAGACUGCUGCAUUUUGGAUCCUAAUCAACUCAGUACAUAACACGAUCCCAGAUGUCUGUUUUUCAACUGUAUUUUAUAAUAGUGCCCCAACAGAAGUAUAUUGUCCAGAUCAAGGGAAGCAAUAGUCUCUGCUCUGUUCUGCAACCAGUUCUGAGCACCACAGUUGAAGAAGGAUCUUGACAAGCUGGAAGGUGUGCAGAUGCUGGAGCCCUUGGCAAGAGGGCUCUUGGUCCCAAUCGAAGCAUCAUAUCUCCCUCCAUAAGCCGGACAAAAGCUUCCUGGGCUUUGGGAAGGAGGCAGCAGGCUUUAAUGCUUUAAUACUCUAAUUUACCUUGAACAUUUAGGGGACUAGUGUAGUCUCCCUAGUCCACUGACCUCACUCCAUUGCAUGCUCACAAGGUCUUUCAGCUUCCGAGCACAAUUCAAAGUGUUGGUGUUGACCUUUAAAGCCCUAAACAGCCUCGGUCCUGUAUACCUGAAGGAGCGUCUCCACCCCCAUCGUUCUACCCGGACACUGAGGUCCUGCACCGAGGGCCUUCUGGCGGUUCCCUCGUUGCGAGAAGUGAGGUUACAGGGAGCCAGGCAGAGGGCCUUCUCGGUGGUGGCGCCCUCCCUGUGGAACGCCCUCCCACCAGAUGUCAAAGAGAAGAACAACUACCAGACUUUUAGAAGACAUCUGAAGGCAGCCCUGUUUAGGGAAGCUUUUAAUGUUUGAUGUAUUGCGGUAUUUUAAUAUUUUGUUGGAAGCCACCCAGAGUGGCUGGGGAAGCCGAGCCAGAUGGGCAGGGUAUAAAUAAUAAAUUAUUAUUAUUAUUAUUAUUAUUAUUAUUAUUAUUCCUACCCAGAGCCUCAUAAAGGGUAAAGGUAAAGGGGACCCCUGACCAUUAGGUCCAGUCGUGACCGACUCUGGGGUAGUCCUUUGCUAUAGGUUGAAUGCUGUGUCUGGUAGUAUCCUUGUUUAUCCACAUGGCUCUCCGUAGACCCCUGACUAACUUCCUCUCAGCAGUAGCCGUCCCCCUCAGACCGUGUGCUGAAGCAGAGCACACAGCAAAACACACACAAAAGCAAAGCCUCCAAGCAGCUCAGGCAAGCGAGCAGCUCUUUUCCAAAAGACACAAGCUCACUUUGUUCUGUCUCUUCCACUAAUCCCUCACAAACAUCCUCAAGCAAAUCAGAAUGAAUGCAGGCUGGAUGCUCACUGCCAUAGAGCCACCCUGAAAACCAAUCAGAAGGAAUGCUCAAUAAAGACAAUAUAAUUUAACCUCCAUGUAAGCUUUGUGUGAGCAAAUUGGGAUCAAAGCUCUGGAGGAGCCCCUACAUCAGCAAAGCUAAAUCAGGGAUUUGUUAUCAUUUACCUCAUUCCUUUGGAAAAAUGCACUAACCUGACUUGUGAGUAAUUUGGGAGGGUAUAACUUCAUUUUCAUUAUGCGCUUUCUUAUUCACAUUAGUUUUCUUUCCCCCUCUCUCUGUGUGUUGUAAUAUGUGUACUUCAACUUCAAUCGAAUAUUGAAAAGAUAUUUAUAAAAGGAUUGUGGAAAAUUACAAAAUUUACACUUUAAAAUAAAUUGCUACUCCACUUUUCUACUUCUCCUAGUCUGAUCUAGAUCCUCUAAAUUCUUCUGCCAUUGUCAAUAUUACAGUAUUACUUCUACGACUAUCAUCACUGAUAAUAAUAAAGCAUAAUAUUAUAUGUUAAUUACUUAAUAAGUGCCUAACAUUUUCUCAGUGCUUAGCUAAUUUUAAGAUAGCUCAUUCUCACAGGCUUAUUUUAUAAUAGGCAUGAUAGCAAUAUCUGUUACUCAGCUGGUAGCACCUCAGAAUCUCAAUCUCAGGGUUGUGGGUCCAAGCCUCACAUUGGGCAAAAAGAUUCCUGUUUUGCAGGGACUAAAUUAUCCUUCCAAUAUUACAAUUCCGUUCCUCUACGAAGACAAAGGAAAUUAGUAUCUCAAUAACUUUUAUCUAUAUUUUCCCCUCCAUUUUGCUUUAGAACUUUCCUCGUUGUUAUUCCACUUGUAUUUUAUUUACCAUUUCAAAAACUCAUGUUCCUCCUUGUGAUUGAUCUGCAAUGACUGUAACCAUAACUGAUGCAGUCCUCAGUUUUGCCUCUAGGAAAGUAAGCCAGGCUACUAAUUACACCUACUUACCACGGCCGGAUCCUUCCCUUAGGUUUGCCAGGCACAGAGAUUUUCCAUGCUACUUUUGUUUUAACUUUUGUCUUUGGAGGGGCCGUAGCUUUGCUUUCUCUGCAUCUCUUGUUCUGCUGACAUGUCUGUCGCAUCUCGCCUGCCUUCUUUCUAUCUAUCCUGUAAAGGUCAUUGUUUGCCAUGUGAUGCUUAAAGUGGUCUUUGUUGUCUGCAGACCAACCAUUUGAAUCCUGUUUUUAAAGGUGACUCGGAUGAUGCUGCUCCUUGCAGUUCAAGUGUCCUUUCCUCAACCCCACCUUCUGUGUCUCCUGCUCUGAAGGAAUCUUCUCCCACCCCACCCUCCUCCCCAUCGGUCACAGGCACCUUUGCUUCCUCCAGGUAAAGCACGUUCUCCCUUUUCUCUCUCUUCUAUUAUGAAAUACAGAAGAAGAAGUAACACCCCUUUAUAUAAGGACCUUGAGUUGCCAGUUUAUCCUCAUGAUUUGCUCAUAUUCUCUUUCAUCUCAGCCGAUUCAACACCUUUCUGAAAAUUAAAUCCCCCCCCAAAGCAAUAUUUAGUUGUUUACUUCAGCAGGUCUUCCUGAUAGAGUCUCCCUUGCACCUGUUUUUGACACUAGGUUACGCUAGCAGCCUUCAGACAUUAACUCAAGUUUUCCCUGAGGUGAAAAACGAUAUAAUCACUUUACUAUGAAACACAAUAACAUAAAUAAAGCAAAUGACAAAAAAACAUCAAAACGAUUAAUACAAUUCAAUAUCAAAUUAAUAAUUCAAAAUAGUAAUUGGAAUAUUUUAAAUAGUAAUUCGAAAUAUCAGAAAAAAAUUAGUUUUAUGAGGUUGGGAGAAAAACUUUUCUAUGUGCGUUGCAUAAUGAAAGUGGAUAAUUUUAUAAAUUUCUACCAUGUCAUAAAAUCAUAGAAUUGUAGAGUUGGAAGGAAUCUCGGGGGUUCACACCUUGCAAUGUAGGAAUCUCAGUGUCGGAAUGCUGACUCACCUUUUCUCUAAACUAAAAAGUCCCAAAUGUGGCAACUUUUCUUCAUAAAGGAGUUGCUCCAUCCCUUGGAUAAUUUUGAGAGCAUUCCACAAACAGAGCCACUGCAGAAAAGGCCUGCUCUUGUUGCCACACUUCCGGACACACGAAAAAGGCCUCAGAUGAUGACUGCAGGGUGCAGGUUGGUUCAUAUGGAGAGAGGCGGUCCUUGAGGAAUUGCAGUCCUGAGCCUUUUAAGGCUUUGCAGUAUAGGAAUGUUCAGGGAGGCAGGAGAGGAUAUAUUGUUUAUUAAUAUCCUCCCUAACUUGCGCUAGCAAGUUCCUUCACUUAGCAGAGUUUCACAUUCCCCCUUUAAACACACAGUGGGUAGCUAGUUGCAGGCUUGUGUAAGCCUCUCACUUUUAUACAAUUCAGUCUGUCUUAGACUGAAUUGUACAUUCGUGGUAAGUUCCCUUAAAUCCCUCUUAAAAGAAAAAAGACACCACAAUCUUAUACAAAGUGAAUAAAAGAAGUUUACUUACAUCAGGCAGAGCACAGUGUGAUCCCUGAAGGCAGACUUAGUUACGAAGUAUAUACAUGUGGAUGUAUCCCAUAUGGGGAUAAUCCCUGUGUGUUGGCUGGAAGUGAAAAACUGCUCCAACGAUGGAGGAAGUCAAAAAGAGAGAGAGUGCUGCAUGCCUUGUCCCUUUUGUUACCUGGACAGGUAAGGUCACGCCCACCUGUAGUCACAUGCAAAGGAAGUAUGUCCCAGCCAGGAGCAAACAGGAAGUUUUUGACUGGCUGGACCAAACACUUCCCUGCAUGUCCACUCUAGGAAAACAAGGAAUGUUGUACUUCACUGCUACUUACAUAUCACAUCCCACAUGCAGGUCAAAACCAGCCUGCGUUUUGGGACUUUCCUUAGGGGUGUGGUUCAUUAGGGCUGCUGCGAUGAUCUCCUGCACUACAAAAUUUUCCACUACGCUAUGUAAUACUCUACAAAGAAAUGGGUUCAGAGCUUCUCUCUUCCUUUGCCUAUGCAGCGCUUUUAAUAUCCCCAUCAUUUCUGGGCUUUAUGAAGAAUUAAGCAGAACAUGACCACAUCUAAUUUUGCUCUUAAGUCAGCAAUGUUAUAUAGCAUUUAGUUGGAAUCUGUUUUUAAACAAAGUUGAAAUUACAUAAAUAGAUCUGACCUGUUAAGUUCUAAUUAAGAUGGUCUACAUAUUAGAUAGGAAGUUGUCCAACUGAACAAUAUGCUGUAUGUUGCUUCUUACACUGUUUUUGAAGACAGGUGUGUACCUGCAAGUCACACUCGGUUCUGAAGAGGCCUCAAACUCUGGUUCCUAGGUGCCUCAGUGCAAAGACACACCUGGCACAAGAUUCUUGAGGAGGCUCUAAUAUUGAGUUGUCAUUUGGGUCUCAAGUUACAUUCUCUAUUUUCAAAUAUAUGUGCCUGAGUUCUUUAUAGUUAUGUGAGAAGUCUUUUGACUGCAGCCGUGCAGCGAAGACACUUGAAAGGUAGAUCACAGUGUCAAAUACUAAGCACCGUUCCAAUAAUGCUUUUCAAUUUGGUAUCAUCCGUGUUUCUCACCUGGGCUCUCUGGGACUGUCACAGCUUACAAAUGAUAGUAUUUUCCUAACGUAUUUCAGCUGUGGCCUUGGUAUGGAACUGAUGGGCCUUCAGGUGGAUUACUGGAUUGCAACUCAUCCUACGGAGAAGAAGAGAGACUCAGAAAAAAAGGACCCCUCUGCUGCCAAAAACACUCUGAAAUGCACUUUUCGGUCUCUCCAGGUCAGCCGGCUGCCUACGAGUGGGGAUGCCAUUUCUACUCCAACAAUGUCAAUGACAGUUGUCACAAAGGAAAAGAACAAAAAAGGUGCAGAAAAGGGACGCUUCUUGGCUAUUGUAACCUAUGUUCUAUUGCUUAACACUAGCAUUUUUCAGUAGUAAAAUAUUCCUGGAGGUCGAAAUCACUGACUUUGUUAGUGUGUGAGAUGCAUUUAAUUCCACUAGUUUCCAAUUAAUUUUAGCAUACCUUUCUGUCUUGCUGGCUGCUCUAAAUCUAGCUCAAGCUAGGACCAGUUUACUUCACAUGUGGAAACUGAUCAUAGUGUAAACUUUAUUUUCUCAUGUUGGAGUGGCUUGUUAGCAUUUGUGUCUACCGUCCAAUGAGCAUAGAAAUUCACCUCGAGCUUUCCCCCUGUGGUUAGAGUGGAAAUAGAACUACACUGAAUUUGUACUGUCAUUCCCUCCUUUAAAAAUAGUAUAAACAAGACAUUACAGGUGCUUGGGCACCGUAUUUUUCGCUCUAUAGGAUGCACUUUUUCCCUUCCAAAAAUUAAGGGGAAAUGUGUGUUCAUCCUAUGGAGCGAAUACAGGCUCCUUGGCUUCAGCAAUAGCAACGCGAAGCCUCCGAAGGGCAGAGGGAGCGCUCCCUCCGCACUCUGGAGGCUUCGCAUUGCUUUCGCUGAAGCCUGGAGAGCGAAAGGGAUCGGUGCAGACUCUCCUGGCUUCAGCGAAAGGAACCCGAAGCCUUCAGAGCGCAGCGCAAGUUACUGCUGCGCUCUGAAGGCUUCAGGCGGCUUCGGAGCGCAGCGGGAACUUGCGCUGCGCUCCGAAGGCUUCAGGUUCCUUUCGCUGAAGCCAGGAGAGCAAGACUUUCCUGGCUUCAGCAGAGAGGGAUUGCUGCGCAGUGCCCCUUCAGCGAAGCGGGAGGAGAAAUGGAAGGGACUUGUUCUCCCCCUCUAAAAACAAGGUGCGUCCUAUGGUCAGGUGCGUCCUAUAGAGUGAAAAAUACGGUAAUUGUGGCCAACUGGCACACCAGCCUUACCUGGAGGAAGGAGCUUUGUGCCACACUUCAGUGUUGUAGACAUCAUGCUUUAGGAGCUUGAUCCUUUAGGACGGGAGUGGAAAACCCUUUCAAAUCCAGGGACCAAAUUUUUUUUCUGGCCACACCCUGUGGUCCGAAUUUGACAGGUGGGGGGGGGGAAUAGAAGUUGAAUGUGAAAGGAGAACAGGAGAAGAUAUAGGAGAUGGGUAAACAUACUUUGAGAGGCACAGGGGUAGGUGGGAAGGAAAAAUAUAAAAGAAAAACCCUCUGCUUAGAGCAGGCAUAGGCAAACUCAGCCCUCCAGAUGUUUUGGGACUACAAUUCCCAUCCUCCCUGACUCCUGGUCCUGUUAGCUAGGGAUCAUGGGAGUUGUAGUCCCAAAAUAUCUGGAGGGCCGAGUUUGCCUAUGCCUGGCUUACUUCUGGAUCAGUGGAUUUUGUCUCAAAUGUGGGCUGGGGAGGUCACAAUAUCUCCAAAGCCAGAGUAGAUAUCAAUAGAAAUUGUCAAUAAUUAUGCCAAACUCUGCCACCAUUUUGUGACUGGCUUUGCCCCUGUAGCACUGUUAUGUGACUGGUGGACUUCAGCAAUUUCCAGCCAUCUCAAAUGGGCUCUGCAGGUAGAACAUUUGAGAUCCCCUAGCAGAAAACAGAUAUGUACAGGCACCUCUCCACUUGGCGUGCAACGAGCAUGCACACGACUGCUGAUGCGUGUGUCAUUUUUGAUGCCAAAAGGGGGCAGGGCGGACUGGACUUGGGCGUGUCCUGCUGGUGCACACGGCGGCCAGGAAUGGAGUCCCUGUAUAAGCGGGGAUUCCUUUGUACUGUAAAAUUCCCAGCCUUCUAGAUCUUAAGAUGUUCACUCAGGAGAGAGUACAUCGAAAGAUGGUGCUGCUGUGUUUACAUAUCUGCUUCAUUUCCUCUAGUGAUGUUUCUGCCUAAGAAAGUGAAAGACAAAGACUUUGAUUCUAAGAGUCAGUGCAUAGAGGGGAUCAGCCGGCUGAUUUGCACAGCGAAGCAUCAGCAGACUAUGUUGCAGGGUAAGUGCUCCUUAUCCAGUGCUACGACUGCCAGUCUGCUUUUGGACAUCCGCCUUAGUUCAUUCUUUAUCUCUUGUGUUUACGGGUUUAGUUCCUUUGCAGAGCAAGCUAGAAUGAAGUUCAGCAUUAGGCCCAGGUUCUCCGACCAAAUCCAGAACACCCGCAUUUGAAGAGAAGGGAUCAUCACUUGCUUCUUUCCUCCUUGUGCCUGUGAUUGUUUUCACACAGUCUGUAUUAGUGUUUCCAAACCUUUCUACGGCCGUGGCGCCGGGUGGUGCUGUGGUCUAAACCACUGAGCCUCUUGGGCUUGCCAAUCAGAAAGUUGGCGGUUCGAAUCCCUGCAACGGAGUAAGCUCCAGUUGCUCUCUCCCAGCUCCUGCCAACCUAGCAGUUCGAAAGCAUGCCAGUGCAAGUAGAUAAAGAGGUACCGCUGUGGCGGAAAGGUAAACGGCGUUUCUGUGCAUUCUGGCACUCCUCAUGGUGUCCCGUUGUGCCAGAAGCCGUUUAGUCAUGCUGGCCACAUGACCUGGAAAGCUGUCUGUGGACAAACACUGGCUCCCUUGGCCUGAAACGAGGUGAACGCCGCAACCCCAUAGUCACCUUUAACCACUUGUAGCUGUCCAGGGGUCCUUUACCUUUACCAUUUACGACCGUUGUCCCCUUCCGACCUUGUUUCCUUCUGGUGCCCCCCAUGGGUGCAGCCAAAGGAGGGCAGGGGGGCAGCUGCCCCCUAGAUAAGAAAAAUCAAUACAGAUCAAUGCAAAUCUGAUGUUCUGCCCCCCUAACAAAAGCCUGCCCCCCCAAAAAAUCCUGGCUACGCCCAUGCCCCCCACCCAUCCUACUGGUAGAAAGGUAGCGAUUUAAAUGUUUUGUUUGUAAAUAGAACAUGUUUUAUUUAUAAUUUUUAUAUAUAAAAUACAAAUAUAUAAAAUGAUAGGAACAUAAUGAAAUAUUGUUGAAGCAGAAAAAGGUAGAAUCAUGGAGUUGGAAGAGAAUUCUGGGGAACAGCCUGAUAUUGAGCCAGCCCUGACUCCACCCCAGAGACAGUCUUGUCAGCACUGGCACAGACAAAACCCACAGAGCCAGCCUCUGUGGAGUGCCAGCAGCUUGCUCGCCCAGUCCCGAGGCGUAAACUGCAUGAAUAGAGGUGCCCACCCUGCUCUUCAAACGGAGAAUAUGGGUGGAGGUCAGAGGCACUAUGUUGGGGAGGAUCCCCCCCCAAAAAAGAGGGUUAGACAAAUUCAUGGAGAAGAAGGUUAUCAGUGGCUACUAGCCAUGAUGCUAGAUUCAGGUAGGUAACCGUGUUGGUCUGACGCAGUCGAAAUAAAUUAAAAAAUUGUCCAGUAGCACCUUAGAGACCAACUAAGUUUGUUCUGGGUAUAAGCUUUCGUGUGCAUGCACACUUCUUCAGAUACACUGAAACAGAAGUCACCAGACCCUUAUAUAUAGUGGGAGGGUGGGGUGGGGUUUUUCUUAGAAGGGUAGUAGGAGGUGGUAGUAGAUGGUACUAGCCAUGAGGCAGUAGAUGGUACUAGCCAUGAUGGUAGUAGAUGGUACUAGCCAUGAUGGUUAUGUUUGGCCUCUGUAUUUGGAAGCUGCAAUGCUUCUGAAUACCUAUUGUUGGAAACCACAAGCGGGAAGGGUGUUCUUGUGCUUAAAUACUGCUUGUGGGUUCCCCAAGGCAUCUCUUUGGCCACGGUGAGAACAGGAUGCUGAUGGGCCACUGCCUUGAUCCAGCAGUCUCUUGUUUUGUUCUUACGUGGUGCUGUGGUGUAAACCACUGAGCCUUGGGCUUGCCGAUCAGAAGGUUGGCGGUUCAAAUCCCCACAAUGGGGUGAGCUCCUGUUGUUCGGUCCCUGCUCCUGCCCACGUAGCAGUUCGAAAGCACGUCAAAGCACAAGUAGAUAAAUAGGUACCGCUCUGGCGGGAAGGUAAACGGCGUUUCCGUGCGCUGCUCUGGUUCGCCAGAAGCGGCUUAGUCAUGCUGGCCACAUAACCCGGAAACACAGUCUGCGGACAAACGUCGGCUCCCUCGGCCAGUAAAGCGAGAUGAGCGCCGCAACCCCAGAGUCGUUCACAACUGGACUUAACUGUCAGGGGUCCUUUACCUUUUUAGGGAAGGGUUUUGCAAUGUAUCUGGAUGAAUUUUGAUGCAUUUAUUUUUAUGGCAAGGGGAAAUUGCUGGGGUGUAAGUUGAAACCAGGUCCCCAAGCACUUCUGUCCUAAUCAUCUUUCUUUGUUUAUCUCCUGCUGCAGUGCUUAUUGACGGAGUGGAGUGGAACGACGUGAAGUUCUUCCAGCUAGCAGCACAGUGGUCUUCCCAUGUCAAGCAUUUUCCCAUCUGCAUAUUUGGGCAUUCCAAAUCCUAA